AUGGCAGGUCAGGAAGAAAUCGCCCAGAGCAAAGGAAGGAGAAGUUUAGCCAAGAUAUUAGAGAGAGGUUCUUGUAGUCAGAGCAAAGGUAUGGCAGAUUAUACCCACCAAGGGAGACAAGAUUACUGCCGACAUUCAGCAGCGGGUUAGGUAAGGUGGGAUGUAAUACAGGCUCAGAGCAGAUGACUUGAAAAACCUUUUCUGGUCCUGCUAUGAUCUAUAUAAAACAGUUGCAGAAAAUGUAACAAUGUUUGGCACGCUACAAUGCAAAGCUCUUGGCUUGUAAGGAGCACACAUACUAAAAUCUCACCGCAUCCUCUCUGUCGUUACCUUUCAGUCUAAAAAUGAGAGAACUUGAUUUCUUUCCUGUUCUGUUUCCAUUGUUGACCCAGUGCUCCAUGCUACCUAGUUUUAGCUGGGAAUUAGAUAUUAGACCUGAUGCAUUUGGCAAAGGGUUGCUCAGCUCCUUGAAGGAAGGCUGCCAGGAUCAUCACAGUGCAGAAACAUUAGAAACACAAUAUUGCUCCUAAGCUCUCAGUGAUGGGUUCUGCCUCUAUUGUGCGUAAAUAUAAAUCAACCAUAAAUGCUACGGGGGCUUCGUGCUUUGUGUAAGUGGAAAACGUAGACGAUGCACAUUUAAAAAUUAACAGAACCAAAUUACUGAACCACAUUUCCAACUGGAAGUCUCUGUGGCAAACAUACCUCAUAAGCCAGUCAUGCUUGAUUUACAAACUGAGAGGUGCCGGGGUAGAAGUCCAAUUGAGAAUUUGUGUCCUGAAUCUCGGGCUCGAUCUGCUUUAAACAGUGAUGGCUUUCUUCAAAGAAUCCUGGGAGCUGUCAUUUUUAAGGGUACAGUGAUACCUCAGGUUACAUACGCUUCAGGUUACAUUUGCUUCGGGUUACAGACUCCGCUAACCCAGAAAUAGUGCUUCAGGUUAAAAACUUUGCUUCAGGAUGAGAACAGAAAUCGUGCUCUGGGGCGCGGCAGCAGCAGGAGGCCCCAUUAGCUAAAGUGGUGCUUCAGAUUAAGAACAGUUUCAGGUUAAGAACAGACCUCCAGAACGAAUUAAGUACUUAACCCGAGGUACCAGUGUACUAUGCCACAACCCCGUAGUCGCCUUUGUCUGGACUUAACCAUCCAGUGGUCCUUUACCUUUUACCUAGGAGACACCUAUUCUCCUCACAGAACUACAUUUCCCAGAAUUCCCUGUGAAGAGGGAUUGAUUGUUAAAACACUCUGGGAAUUGUAGCUCUGAGAUUGCAACACGACAGGACACACUUAUGACUGAGUACAAGCAUAACCAAACUGGGAUGGUUAUCCCUAACUGGGAUGGUUAUCCCUAACCAUCCCUAACUUUCAGGUUAACCAGCCUCAGGCAGGUUGCAGCACAAUAAGUCAGUACCAAUCCCUUGACUGAAUAAUAUGUAGAUCAAACUGUAAACCAUGGAGGGGAAUGAAGCCCACUACUGGUGCAUUAUAGCAAGUGCUUGACAUUUUUCCUGUUUUAUAGUCCAUGGCAAGUACUGGGGGCAGGGAUUUAUUGGGCCUCUGGAAAGCUGUCAUAGGGGCUGGUGGGCUGUGUUGCAUAGGGUGGAUUGCAAAUUAUGCAUGCCUUGAUGAAGAUGCUGUUAAGUGAAAUGCACAUGAAAAAGUCAUCGGUGAAUACUAAGGCACCAGUGUCAAUACAUUCUAAGAAAUUCAGAGCAGGAGGGCUUCUCUGCCUCCAUUUUUGCAAUCUGCCCCAGCUGUUUCAGCAGUCAGGGGCCAUGACAAUAUGAGCCGAUCUCUUAGUUUGGAUACUAAUGUUUCAUGGCAGGAAUGUCACUCCACAUAAUUAGAAUUCAAGCUAUGGAAACAGCCAGCAGACUAAUUAAUUGUGGCAGGAAGCACAUGGUUCUCGAUUUCAAGUAAUUAAGCGGAGCAGAACCAAUUUUUCCCCCUGCUAAAAUGACCUAGCUGCUGUCGUUUUUUUGUUGUUUUUGUGUGCAUGUUGUUUUUGGUUUUUUGUUUUUAAAGAUGAAUUUGGAAUAAUUCCAUCUCCAAGGCAGACUUCAACAGAAGGAGUGCUCCACAUGGAGAGGACCUUCGAAGGGACUCAGGGGGAGUUUGUUUGUGUUUGAAUGUAAAGUGUGCAAUCAAACAUGCUGGCCUCUUGGCUCCUUUACAAACACAGGGAGGCAACCACACCGCAGGAAUUUGGGAUAUGCAAGGGAGAGCGGGCUCAGUGUGUUGCAAGAGAAAUUGGGUUUGGAGCAUGCUAAUGGAUUAAUGAAAUGUUGCACUAAAUGUAGUUAAAGAAGGAUUAAGGCUUAAUGGCAAAAUUAAUACAUGCUAGAAGUAACUAAAGUGGUGUCUUUUAAACAAAUUGAAUUAGAUGGUUUCUAAUACCAAGAGAAGGAAAAGCUGGUUCCAUAGGUAGAAAGCCAGCAAGGGAUUUUGGACACAAUUGCGUGGGAUUUCUUCUCUUUGACAAUCUGCUUGUUUCACCAAUGUAAUUAAGGGACGUAUUAGAGCCUUAAGCCCUAUUUGCAUGGUGUUUUUUUUAAAAAACUAGAAAUUUCUUAUGCAAGAGGAGAAAUGGGAACAGUGGCAGAGCGUUUGACUUCAAUCCCCAACAUCUUCAGGUACAGUUAGAAAAAGACUCCUGCCUGAAACUCUGAUGAGCCUCCUCCAGUCAUUGUAGAAAAUACUUAGAUUUGUGGACCGAUGAAGUUACUCAGUAGAAAAGCAACUUCCUGUGCUCCUAGGUGAAUCAGCGUAUCUAUGGUAUUAGCAAAACCCCCAACACUUUGAUGGGCCAAAUUUAGCCUGAAGAUUCUGCAUAGCCAAAGGACGCAAGGCUAACUUGUAUCUAAGAGCCUGUGCUUCCAUGACUAGCUUCCUUCCAGAGAGGUUAGCCAGAUGUAUCAAGACCCUGAGACCCUGUCUGUGGGUCUGCAAUGACUGUGCUUUGGUUGAAGGCAUUGCUCCCUAUCUGUUGGGUCUUCUGAUGUGUGUAAGGUACCCUAAAGCUCAAAGGAAGCAUGGUGUGCUGGAAGGUUCAGUGUGAUAUGGAAUAAAUGGAAGCCAGCUAUUAUAUAUAGAUAUAAUGUGUGCCUAUGACCUUUAAACAUUUCAAGAAAUGCAACAUUUUAUUUCAUGAGUUAUGCCUAAAGGUUCUGAGCUGGAUGCCACUUUCUUGCUUUUCCAUCAAGAGGCUUCUAAGAAAAAGGCAUGAAAUCUAAACGAAUGCAGAGUUUUGUCCAUUGCCCUUGUUGCAGAGCAUAAACUGGCUUUCCCUUCAUGUAGUGGUGCAGCAAUACAACCGUUAGCACAUUUACAAAGCUGAAGCAGGGUCCAGUAUGUCAGGAGGUCCUACACACAAGUAGGAGUCCGGCAGAGACACAUGCCAAACUGGCAUGUUUUCCCCCUCCUGGUUGAUCAUUCGGGAGAUUCAAAAUCUUUCUCCAGCCUGAACACCACAGCAUCGGUACACUUCAGGAUCAGCAGAGUAUAGGCAGUCAGUGUACAGACUCAGUAGUGCAGCAUUCGGCUAUACUACAUUUAUUUACAUAUACACACUCAGAGCAUCGUAACUCAGCUCUUUUCUCUUCAGCAUCAGACAGCAAAGAAAAAAAGCAAAGGACAAAAAUCCUACAUCACAGAAACACAGUAAUACAAACAUCCUGUCUCCGUCAUUUCCCACAAUGUGAAAUGAAAACAUACACAGUCAUGAGAUAAAAUCAAUCCCAUGACUGCAACACGGGGAAUGAAUCCUAACACAGUAUGGUUUCAGAUUGGAUGGGGGACUGCAUGUUUAGAUUCCUACAUUGCAGGGAAUGACCCUCAAGGUCCCUUCCAACCUAUGAGUCUAUGAUAUUUUCACCCAUAAGCAAAAGGCACAGUGAGACAGAUAGAAACAGUCCAAAGGGAGUUGAAUAAAUGUUACUCCUUAAUGCCUUAAAAGUCUUUGAGACCAGGGACACACAACCCUUGAGAUACUUGAGACUGAUUGCCUCUUCCUAAGAGGAGAGUGUCCUGCUGCAUUUACAUAGUAUUAGCAUAAGUUGGUCAUUACUAAGUUAAAAUUAGCUUCUGCUUAUGAAUUCAUUGAUAGAGGAGCAAUUUUUUUUUCCAAGCCAGAAAUGGAUAAUUUCAUUCAGUCUGCAUUUUACAAGCUCUAAUUCAUACCUCCUGGACCAAUGCAUAUAUUAGAAUAGAACAAUCCUUGGUGUUUUGUCUUUCAUCAAAUUCUGCAAAAUAAUUCUUUGCUCCAACAAGUGUAAAAAAUUCUUCAAAAUGCAUUUUAGGAUUAAAGAAACAUUUUGAUAUGUGUAACUUGAGAUAAAAUUACAUUUUAAAGCAGGGAUAGGUUUAUGUUUGGGUAGGUGGUGAGUAGGGUGCUGCUGGAAGAGUAUCCGUUGUUAGUUGUUCUGUUUUCUGUAAGAAAACUUAUCUACAAACAAUUCGUAUACACAAUAUAUGUUUAAAUACAUAUUUUGUGAUGAAUGUGUAUUUGAAAAUGUUUAAAUACAUAUUUUGUGACGAAUGUGUAUUGCCUUUUUUCCAUUUGAGAGGAAUGCCACAGAUGAAUUUGGAAAAGGGGUGGAACAGAUUCAUGAAUGAAAACAUUCAGAAUUGAUAUGGAUGUAUCCAUCCACCUUUAAUACAAGUGAGUAUGUUUAGAGGAUCAUUCUUUUAAAAGAAUCCUCAACUAUGUGGAGCAGCAGUGGGGCAGCGUGGGUAGAAAAGAAUCAAACUUCACCUAGAAGAUCUUAUCUGCAGGUUUAAGUAGUUUCCCAGUGCUGGUAGUGAGGCAUCAGAUCAAGGUCUGCAUUUUAAAAUGAGCUUAAAAAAUAUAUUUGCAAAUGUUUGUAUGUCUCAUGCCAGGCAUAAAGCAGCUGGCUAAGUACUUUGGCAGUUGUUUAUCUCCUUGAACAGGAACCCCCCCUGAUUUAUAGUAGUAACAGGAGACACGUUUCUCAAAGUUGUAAAAGGGAAAUACAGGCUGGGAGCAAAGGUUACAUUGACCCUACAAAUUACAGAAUACAAUCAAGCUGCAAAAACACUAAUUAAGAGUUGGUAAAUAGUAAAAUUUAUUGUUUAUUAGAAAAUAAUACCAGGUGCCUCCCAUUAGACUCAAGCCAUAUUUUCGUAAGGUUAAAGGGCAAGAGCUAAUAGGAACAGCAGCUGGCUAGGAAAGGGAGUUAUAAAUUGAAGAGGUUGCUUUUGAAACUGUUUUUACUAAGUUCCUUUCCUUCUAAAAAUCUAUCUAUGUUAUGUAUGAAAUAUAUUGGCUUAAUGUAAUUAUGCAAAGGAUUUAGAAAGUAAGAAAUGUUAGAUUCUUAUGUUAGAUUCUUAUUUUAUUGAUGGUGUGUGAGAAGGUGAACCCAAGAUCUCUGUUUAGACAAAAUUUAAUACCAUGAGCCAUCUGUUUUAGCCAUCUGUUUUGGAGUGAAGGGGCAAUAGGGUAAUUAGCAAACAGCCAAUAGGAAUUUCAACCAGGCUGAUUGGACAGAGGCAGCCAAAGGAGGAGCAAGGGGGCUGGGCUGAGGAAAUAUAAGUGCUGGCCAUCAGGGCUGGAGUGAGCAGAGCUUUGGUAACCAUAUACCACUGUGUCUCUCAUUUAUUUGUCUGACAAAUAAAUUAUUAUUUUAAUUUCUCUAUUGCUGCAUUGAAUAUUUCAUUCCAGCUAAGUGUUAACCACAAGCAGGGUGCUACAGUAGUCCCUCAGUACAACUCAUGCUGCUUCCUGGGUUGUGAUCCUUGCUCACAUCGACACCAUACAGAUGAAGGGAUGCACACCUCUUUCUUCAGGCAUUUAGAGUGAAGACAUGUGAUAAAUGAAGGCAGUUCUAAGUAUGACACAACCAAUGUAUUAGUUAUGUGGCUAUCUUAUGUGGAUGGCUUUUAAUGACUUAAUUAUAUUUUGUAGUGUUUCAUUUGUUGUACACUCCCCUGUGACUGUCAUGAUGAAGAGGGUAUAAAAAUAAAAACUAAACAAAUAAUCCCAGGGAUUUAUUCAUCUACCGAGCAGGGUGAAAAUGCCUUAAAUAAGUACCUACUUCGACAUAGAUAGCUCAGUGAGUGUUUUGCGGUGUGUGUGUGUUUUGUAUGUUUGUUUGUUUUUACAGAGCACUAAGCAUAAGUGUUGAUACCUCAGUGAGUUAGAGUGUGGUGCUGGUAAUGUCAAGGUUGCAGGUUCAUCCUUGUAUGGGCUAGCUACAUAUCGCUGCAUUGCAGGUGAUUGGACUAGAUGAAUCUCACGGUCCCUUCCAACCCUACAAUUCUAUGAUUCUAUGAAUUACAUUCCACCCUGUCUUCCAAGGUGCCAUACAUGGCUCUCCAUUUUAUCCUCACAACAACUCUGUGACAAAAACAUAGCCCAUCUCCUUAAGAGGGCUGCAUCCAUCCACCCCUUAUACAAGUGAAUUUUAACAAGGGAAAACAUAUGAAAGGCACCAGGUUGCUAAAGGUUGGUGCAGUCAAAACUGAGCCAAAUAGGCAAAUGUUCUAUGUGUGGAUGAAGAGCCUGUAUAACAAUCUGUGACCAGGUUAUCUAAAGGACCCCCUCCUCCAUGAACACCUGUCCAACAGUAGAGAGAUCACUAUCUGAAACCAGUAUACUGAGGGGGGAACUCUGAACUAUGCUAAUGUUCAGUGACUGAUAUUUCCUUCCCUACAGUGGAUGUGCUGAGGAAGAGGUGCCCAAGGUACAGUGUAAAAAGCAUUAAAGCCAAUGCACUACUACCCCUUCCAAAAUCAACUGAUUCUGAACCAUCUCCUUUUAAAGUGAAGGUGGUGGAAAUGAAAGCCUUGCUAAAACUCAAAGGGAAAAACUCCUCCUCUAGCACCAGCUCUGCCAGCAAAAGUGAUUUAGGUCGACACAUUACAAUGAAACAGGGGGAACCACAGAAACAGGGAAACUGCAGCCAAGUGGGUGUUGAGAAGGCAGGAAUCAGCCAAGAACAGACGAGUCAGUGCAAGUGUGAAGGUUGAUGCCUCUAACCAUGUGCAGCUUUGAGAUUUGAAAGUCUCAUUCUUAUUCUUCCUCUCCUGAAUCAGAAGAAGGGCAGAAGGUUUUGAUAGGAAAGACAAUAUAAUUAUCUGCGUCACGGUAGCUUCUCUUCCAGCCUUCAGUGGUUUUCUAUUGUAGAAAUAAAUUGAUAUAUUUGCAUGCAAAAGCCUUGUAUUAUUACCCCCAGGCUCUGGACAGAUUGAGAGCCUGCAUGUUCCAGGGAAGCAAAAAUAAAAUAAAAUAAGCCCACCCUUCAAUGCUAGGCAAAGGUUCUUUGCAUUCUGUUCUCUUGAAAAGCUGCUGCUUCACUUUCAGAUUAAGCACAAUGACUUCUUAACCUGUUCUUGUUUGGUGAUGACCCACCACCUGAAGAAAUCUCAAAUGUUAACUAGCUUCUAUUCAGGAAAUGUUUGCAAAACCUUCUCCAAAUGAAAUUCUCACUGCAUCUGAAGACAGCAAAGAGGAAGCCAAGCUCAUCCUGUGUGUAUUUAGGACAGUUGACCAGUGUAUGAAGAUAAAUGCAUAAGAGCUCUGCAGAUACACAUCUCGUCCAGCACCCUUUUCUCACAGUUCUUGACAUGAUGGCUAUGGGAAGCCUGCAAGCAUGGUAAAGGACCCCUGGACGGUUAAGUGCAGUCAAAGGUGACUAGGGGGUUAUGGCGCUCAUCCGCUUUCAGGAUGAGGGGGCCAGCAUUUGUCCCCAGACAGCUUUCCGGGUCAUGUGGCCAGCAUGCCUAAACCGCUUCUGGAACAACGGAACACUGUGAUGGAAACUAGAGCACACGGAAACACCGUUUACCUUCCCACCACAGUGGUACCUAUUUAUCUACUUGCAUUGGUGUGCUUUUGAACUGCUAGGUUGGCAGGAGCUGGGACAGAGCAAUGGGAGCUCACCCUGUUGUGGGGAUUUGAACCGCCAACCUUCUGAUCGGCAGGCCCAAUAGGCUCAGUGGUUUAGACCACAGCACCACCUGUGUCCCCUGCAAGCAUGACACAAGUGCAAGUGUGCUCCUCAACUGUAAUUCUCAGCAGCUGGUCUUCAGAGGCAUCCUGACUCCAGCAAUGGAAAUAGAACUCCUCUUCCUACUUUUGUACACUGUUGACUCUCCUGUCAACUCAACCACAUCACUAACUGGUCUCUGUCAGGAAUGAGCCAGCUCCUAGUGGAACUUUACAGCCAGCUGCAGAACAGAGAGGAUUAGAUCUGACGCAGGCUGAACAGUGGUCAGAGGAGACUCCCUCACCCCUUGGAAUGCUGGUUGCCAAGGGAAUGUCUGAGAGCGGGCUGGAACACAGUCAAAGCUCUCAGGGAGCUCAAACUGGACUGCCUCCAAAGAACAGAGCUGCUCUGCAGCAUCCAUAUUGGCAUUUCUCAAACUGCUUGGCCCCAUUCAUAUAACCCUUUCUGGGCCCCAGCUACUUGAAUACUUGGCGAAAUAAAAAGAUGCUAUGGUUGGAUAAAUUGCAUUGUAAUAGCAAGUUCUCGGAUGGAGGAUCCUGUCCUUUGGCACCACAUGCAUUGAUGGCACUGAAUAAAUAAUAUAGAUAUUGGAGAAGGAGGAGUAACAGCAGUGUGGGUUAGUGAGAAACUGCAGGGGCAUCAGGUAAAUCUAAACUGGCUGGUACCUUAGGUGGUCUGCAUUUCCUCCACAUGCUUUAAAUGCUCCAGUUCCCAGUUUAAGCAUUGGUGUAUUGACAAGAAGGAUCCACAAUACCAUGAUAAAUCAGCCCUAUAUGGCACUGAGACUCUAGGAAACACAAUUGAAACUGCACUGUAUAAAGCUACUCGAUGGGUCCCUCGCAUAAAAAUAAUUUAAAUCCAAAAGGCGUAAGCAGGUUUUACAAACACAGCAGAUUGCUGAUGCAAAUAGAUAAACCCGGUAAUGGUUCUGUCUUGAGUUAUUUGAAAAUAUUAUUCAUUAAAAUAUGUUUUGUAUUGCUCCUAAUCCCAUACAAUCAACCUUUAUUAGCCAAGUCAAGCUGUGUAGCCUUCGCACAGAGCGCAAUCUUCCACAUGCUUUAUUCUUCUUGACAGCCAACUGGGGAGAACAAUGUAUGCAGUGACAUUUAAUAUGGAACUUUCUGUUGCUCAUGCUUUGUUUUAUAUUCUGCUGCUAGAAAUACUUGAGGCCUCUUAACACCCAGCCAUUCUACUCCUUCCCUCCUCCAUGAGCUAAUGGUAUGGACAAUUUUGCAAUUGGAAGCCAUUCCUGACAGAGAACUGCUUUGAGACCUAGCAAAUGACAUGAUUAGUUUAUUUGAUUUUCCCAGUUUGAGUUAUUGUACUAAUUUACAAGGCCCUGAACAACUUGGGUCCAGGAUACCUCAAGGACUGCCUGAUCCCUUAUAUCUCUGCCUGAUCACUGAGAUAUUUGGGGGAGUCACUGUUCAUGGUCCCCAAUGCCUCAGAUACACAGCUCACACCUCUCAGAAGCUGAACAUUCAUUAUUGUGGGCCCAGUUUUAUGGAACUCCCUUCCAGUUGAGGUCAGUCAGGCUGCCUCCUUGAUGAACUUCAGAUACCUACUAAAGACUUUUAAAAAACCAUCAGCAGGCAUUUUAAUCAAAAUCUGAUUUCAUCGUUUCUUUUCUGCAUUGUCUUUUUUGAAUACUGCUUAGAGGCAAUUGUAGUUAAGCGGUAUAUAAAUUGUUAAAAUAUAAUAAUAAUAAUAAUAAUAAUAAUAAUAAUAAUAGAAAGCCAUGGUGAUUGCUAAUCACACCAUUCAUACCAAUGCAACUCCUAAGCACAGGGGGUGGGGGACAAAGCUGUGACCCUAGAGCUGUUGUUGGACUCCAAAUCCUAUCGGCAUGGUCAAUGGACUUUCCCCACCACCAUUGUUCUAAUUUAAUUAUUUUUUUAAAAGAAUCCUCUGAUGGGGAGAGAGAGAGAGAAACAUCCUCUGGAGCUCCUCAGGGCUCUGCGGACAGCUUCCUGGUCAGCCAGACACUUUGGACCCUGGAGAUCAUCCUGCUGAGGCAUUAUGUAAGCAGGUAUUCUAAGAAACCAGCUAUAAAAAAAUGAAGUUCAAAUCAAGAAUAGACACCACCCAGCCACCUAUAAUGAUUUUCAGCUAGGAGCACCAGGAAAGCCCUUGUGCCUCCUCUGUGACUCCUGGCAAUGGUGGUUAUGUUCUGCCCCCACUUUCAGAGGCAUUGUGGCUUUAAAUACCACUUGCUGGGAAUCACAGCACAUGUCUGGUCAGCCACAGCUUGAGGAUGUUUUAGGGGCUUGUGGGAAGGGAGUGGGAAGACAAAAUGUUUCUGCUAGCAUAAGGAGGCCCUCUCCUCCUCCUCCUUCCCUCCCCCUUUCUGUUGGGCCCCUAGUAUGUCUACAAGCUGUAUAACCCACUUUAAAAAUAAAUAGAUUGGAGUCUAUGAGCACAGCAGAUGAUGUGUGAAUCAUAAUGCAUAGUUAACUGCAUCCUUGCCCCUCCCCAAAGGUGAAAGAUUGUAAGAGUCAUCACCACCUAAGUGAAGCCUAUCUCUUAAUUCACUGAGAAGAACGUGGCUCCAUGACUUUUCCAGAUAUUGCCUGCCCAUUCACUCCUCUUUUCUUUGCAUCAUGGCAGUUUAACGGAGCUGCAAUAGGACUCUAGAUUGCAUCUGAGCAUUAAACAUGAGUGUAAUCAAAUUGUCAAAACAGAAGGCAACAUAUUUCCCUGUUGCAUAAUGCAAAAGGCACACUCAAGGCUGCAACACAAGAAAGAGAUUGUGAGAGGCUUGUGGCCUUUGGGGGAUUAGGAAGCUGUUUGCAGUGGAGUUGGAAGAGAUCUUGGAGGUAAUCUCAUCCAACCCCCUGUUUAGUGCACGACCAUCCCUGACAGAUGGCUAUCAAGUCUCUGUUUAAAUAACAUCAGUGAAGUUGAGCCUUCCACCUCCCAGGCACUCUGUUCAAAGAGCUCUUACCACUAGGAGGUUUUUCCUAAUGCUUAAUGUUUCCUUGUCAUUUCUGUCCAUCAUCAUCAUUAUAAUAAUAAUAUUAUCAACACACACACAAACAUACACAUGCAGGUAUGCUUUUGAACAUAUAUGCAUAUGCCAAAAUGGCUUCUAAGCAAUUCACAAGUAUACAGUCAGUAACAAAACAUCUAUAAUUAAAAUACAUAAUAAAGCCAAGUUUCUUAAAAAGCAUAAUUAAAACAGUUAAAAGAGCAAUAAAAACAAUUAGAUCAGAAAGUUCAUUUCAGGGGAAUGCUUGUCUAGACAGUCUUCAAGAGCUGGUGGAAUGCCAAUACUGAUGGGGGCAUUCCACAGCACUGCUGCCACCAGUGAAAGAGCCCACUUCCCUGUUAUCAUUACUUAUAGUCCUGGCCUCUGGACCAACAGAGCAAAUCUGUUCCAUCUUCUGCAUUAAAGGUAAAGGUAAAGGGAUCCCUGACCAUUAGGUCCAGUCGUGGCCAACUCUGGGCUUGCGGCGCUCAUCUUGCUUUAUUGGCCGAGGGAGCCAGCGUACAGCUUCGGGGUCAUGUGGCCAGCAUGACUAAGCCGCUUCUGGCAAACCAGAGCAGCGCACGGAAACACCGUUUACCUUCCCUUCCCACCAGAGCGGUACCUAUUUAUCUACUUGCACUUUGACGUGCUUUCGAAAUGCUAGGUUGGCAGGAGCAGGGACCGAGCAAUGGGAGCUCACUCCGUUGCAGGGAUUCGAACCGCCAACCUUCUGAUCGGCAAGUCCUAGGCUCAGCACCACCCGCAUCCCUAUCUUACAGCCCUUCAAAUAUCAAUGAGUGGGGGCACCUUAGUUUUAUUUCUUGUUACAUUUAUAUCCUAGCUUUCCUCCAGGGUUCUUCAAACACACACAUACACAGAGAAUUUUGUCCUCCCUGUGAAGAGGAGCAGCUUGUGUGGUGGGGUUGUGCUACACCACCACCCUCCUGACAGUGGCUUUGCUGCAGCCUACCAGGAGAGAGCAGGGUGGCAGCAAGGUCAGAGCUACUUAGCUACGUGGGUGGCCUGUGGUCUAAACCACUGAGCCUCUUAGGCUUGCUGAUCAGAAGGUUGGUGGUUCAUAUCCCAGUGGCAGAGUGAGCUCCCGUUGCUCUGUCCCAGCUCCUGCCAACCUAGCAGUUCGAAAACAUGCCAGUGCAAGCAGAUAAAUAGGUACCGCUUCUGGGAGAAGGUAAAUGGCAUUUCCACACGCUCUGGUUUCCGUCACGGUGUUCUGUUGCACCAGAAGUGAUUUAGUCAUGCUGGCCACAUUACCCAGAAAGCUGUCUGUGGACAAACGCCGGCUCUCUCAGCCUGAAAACAAGAUGAUCACCACAACCCCAUAGUUGCCUUUGACUGGACGUAACCAUCCAGGGGUCCUUUACUCUCUUUUUUUACCUUUACUUUGCUAAUGUUCCUGGGCAGCCCCGCCCCCCUCAGGGGACCAGCCCCACACUGACUCUAUAAACCUGUCACUGUCACUAACCCAUCAUUCCAGCUACCUCUGCCUGUGAGAUUGGAUGGAGAGGGAAAGAAUAACCUAAUAAUGUAACCCAGUGAGCAUCAUGGCAGAGCAACAACUUGAACCCUGAUUUCCCAUAUUCAUCUCCAAAGCUAUACUCACUGCACCACACCAGCUGUCACAUUUGCAAUGAACUGCAGCAGUGGCAAACUUUGCAUGCUCCAAUUUCUAAAUUAAUUUAGGGAUUCUCCUAGCUCAGGGCAGAGCAAACCCAUGGAAGAAUAAAGAAACGGAAUUGUCAGGGUAUCGUUUCCACCUCCAAUUAUAAAGCAAAACACAUAUUUCAGGGUUCUACAUCCCUAGAAUUUUUUCAUGGCAUCUCUAGUGAAUUUCCAGCUUGAUAUUUAUAAGGUUGAAUUUCAUCAACACAUUCAUAAGUAAAACAUACCACACAUCUAUUGUCUGACUAAUCCCGGUGGAGGCAGAACCUCAAGGGAUCAGAAGGUAGCUAAUUCUGCAUGCUAAUUCACCUUUGAUCCUUUUAAUGAAAGUGCCAGUACAAAAUAGUUAUGAAGUGCAUUGUAUAGCUCUCUCAGGUGGAUUGUGUUCCACUGAAAUGUAGCAGGAAGCAUAGGGCUAGUUAGUCAUUUUCAGUGAAAAUCAGUCAGUAGAGACAGGAAAAUGUUGUCUUGAGCAGACAUUUAUUGCCAUACAUUUCAAGGGAUUUCAUAUGUCUCCCAAAAUAGACACUACCACACACCCCCAAAUUUCCCAGGCACACAGUUUUAAGACUGGGAACAUACAUGAGCAUGCACAGGCCCUUUAAAUGUUGUCAAACUAUGGGUUAAUCUACCCCACAAGGAGAGGGGGACCUUUUUUCAGUCCAAGUGGAAUGUGGAGCAUUCCAGAGGUUGCAUGCCAGAGGCAAAAAUAGUUAGAGCUUUGCAUGUGACUCUGACCUCUGGACAGAAGGCUACAUUCUACCCAUACAAAAUCAAGGGGUUUCUAGAUACACACACACCUCCACCCAGGUCAACUACUCCCCUUCCCCCCGACGGCUUGGGGUAGGCAGGAGUCGUAGGCGGCAGCACGCCAAAUGUCACCCCCCCCUCGGUGAUUUCACCCGGGGCAGCCCGCACCCACCUUGCUCCACCCCUGCCCUCCACCCAGGCCAGCAGGACACUUCAAUGAAAGAUUCCAGCCACACAAAAGCACUCAAGGAGAAUGCUGAGCAGGGCCAGAAAUGGGUGGAACCUGGGAGUGUCUCAAUGGCUAAGUAGAGAAAAUAUGAGGACCACAUUUUUCCACUGGUGCUGAGGUUCUCCACUCCAAUCUACCCUACAUUGCCUAUUCUGACUGGCCAUAGAUCUUCAAAGUCUCACCAAAAGUUUGAGACCCAGCAUAUCAACCUUUCCAUGGUGACAUGGUGACCAUGGUUUUCCAUGGUGACGUGUUGGAGGGUUUGCUAUGAUGGCUUUUUAUGUGGUCCUCUUUUCACACAUUAAAUUUAGGUAGCACUCGUAUUACCCCUGCACACAUGCUGAUGUAGAAGGUGGUAUUUCUGAUUUACCAAUGUGGCAGUGGAGGCUGGUCCAUUAUGAUGAUGAUGAUGAUGAUGAUGAUGAUAACAGAAGAUGGAUGGGGCACUGCCCCACAAAGCACAGUCUUGUGAUAAUCUCUGAUUUUCUUUCUCAAAUACAAAAGAAAGUGCAAAGUGAGAUUUUGAUGUGCCUGAAAGUGAAACUUUUAAGAGACUUAAAUGUUAACAUCACAAUUCAAAAGAUAAUUGGAAAUGAUGUGUGUGCUAUAAAACAUUUUCAUUUGUAUUUGAGCAAAAUAAUCAGAUAUUGUUGUGUUAAUUAUUCUUGCAAUUUAAAAUAAAUUCAGAAGUUUUAAGUUUUGUGCUUUUGUGUCUCUACAAGACAUCUGUUUUUGAAAACUGAAGUUAGCAACUUUGGGGGGGGGGAGUAAUUAGCUUUACCUAGGGUGCAAAAUAGCCAGGCAUUGGCAUGGGAUGUCUUUGGAUACCAGGAGGAAAGAAGAUGAGGGGGGAAACUAUUGUGAGUUAGCCCUACCCAUCACGGACUCUGGCUCCUACCAAUCUGGUCGGUCUGUCUUCACCCCAUCAAUCCAAACAAAUACAAGCAACUGCUGCAAUAAGGAAUAUGUGAUGCUAUUCAGCUAUAUGAUGUUUAUUUAUUUAUUUCUGUGCUCCCGUAUCACAAAAUAUGGGGAUAAUGCAAAAAAUCAAAAUAUAAAACACAAUUUUUUAAAAAAAUACAAAUACUCUGUAAGUGGCUAAUCAAAAAUUAAAAUUAAACAUCUGUAAAGGCCCAUCUGCAUUUAAUAAAAGAUUUAAGAGAUGCCUAAAAAUCAAAAGCAAGGAUGUCUUGGUAACAUGGGGGAGAACUGACAGUCUUCUUCCAAUUGAUUUCAGCAAUUGAGCUGAGAUAUAAGGGUUCAGGCACUACUGGAUCCAGGUUUUUUUGUAGGGCAUUCUGUGUUAUCCCAAGAACCCUGAACCUGGCCCAGUAAUACAAUAUAAUUAAAGCAGCAUCCACAGUGGUUGAAUGAGUGGUUUUCUAGACUCUGUGGUUGCCCAUUUAAGAGAUAGCAGGCAGACCACCUGUCCUCAGUCUGUGCUGCUGGGAGCAAAGGAAGCGACCAGGACAAGAGCAGAUACUCUCCACCAAGUCAGCAUUCUGGUAUAGAGUUCAUUUUGCUUCAUCAUGCUCCAAGCCUGAUCCAGUUUCAGGAGUGCAAUGACUUGUGGCUAAUGCUAAUGUGAUUGUGAUAAAUGGUUCCAAAUACCUUCCUGCAUAACCGUGCAACAUGCUGACAUGAUUAGUACUAUAAGCAUGCGCAUAUGUGUGUACAACUGCAUUACUAAUGAUUAAAAUGCAAUUAUAUCUUCAUCUUUAUAAUAAUUUUCAGAGCAGAGGGCUUAAUUUGAGUCAAGGCUGCAGCCCAGAUCAUAUUUUUAGCUGCGGAACAUGUAAAGUAAUAAUCACCGUGUCUGAGCGAGAACCAAUUAAAGAUGCUUAGUUUUUACUUGGGUUUUAAUCCAUUAAUCAACCAAUUUAAAAUAAUGUGCCUAUUUUCAAAACCUUGAUAAAGGUGGGUGUCAAAGAUACAGGAAUAAAGGGCAAAGUUUCUCUUAGAUGGGAAAUGACAAUGUUACUCUUAAAUGGCAAGCUGCCACUUCACUGAAAGGCCUCUGUUAGACAGAAAGGGUAUAAAAUCCAUUGUAAUGAAAUGCACACAUAGGCCCCUCCCCACCACACUUUUUUUUAAAGUCGUAUUUUCUUAUUCGGCAACAUAAGAACCUGAAAUGUAUAUCAUAUGAUUUUAUAGUAUUCAAAUAUAAUUUUAUUGACUCAAAGUAUUUUUGAAUUCAGAAGAUUUGCAGGGUGGCUGGCUAUAAUCAAAUCUCCAUGAGGAAUAAACUCUAGAAAUGUACAGUUUCCUGUACUUUCCCCUUAAAAUUAAGGGAGCAACCCUCUUCCAGGUGGCUGAGGGGAUGCCAUGGAAUUCCUUCUCUGUGGUCCACAGUUGACAGCUUCAUUAAUACAGCAGCAGCAGGGCUGAAAGCAGCUUUGAUCCAAAGGUAUCCUUUUCCCCCUCAACGCAGCCCCUCAAACUGACUGAAAAGCUAUGCCAGUCCUGCAACUGGAAUAGUUAAUCCUCACCAUCACUACAAGAAACACCAUCCACCACAGAGCCACGUUCCCACACACUUGGCAUGGCUUAAGAAUUGCCAGUUUCUCCUCCAAACAAUCUCACCCACUACCAGCUCCCAUAGGACUGCUAUGUUACAAGUCUAUCCCCAAGUGGUUUCUCCUUGAAGUGGUUCCUGGUAGCUUUGACAAGGAGCUGGAAGGAAAAUCAAUCCUCCAUUUCCUUUCAAUCAAAUUUGGUACGUGGCUGUUUAUGUGGCUUGAACACUGUGUUUGGGGGCAAAUUUGAAAGCUUCAAAUAAAGCUUGAUUGCAGUGCAAAGCUCUAGUGGUGGUGAUGGUGAUGAUGAUGAUGAUGAUGAUGAUGAUGAUAUAACUCAGUUGAGUGCCCCAACACAAAACAACCACAGCCCACUAAAUGGUAGGGUGUCCACCUUUGCAACUCUCUCUUUGGGAGAGGCUAGAUUCUGACCUGAUCAGCGUCUUACUGGGAGAGUGUCACCUGGAUGGGGGUGGGGGUGGGGCUCAAGCCUAUUUGAGAGCAGGGUUUUUUUUUGCAUCAUGUGAAAGGAGCUGGCCUUGUAUUAUUAGUUGCCUGAACAAGCCUGGCAGAAUAGAAAAGUUUUCAGGAAGCAUUUAAAAGUCUAAACAAACGGGCCUGAAACCUAAUGUCCCAGCUUGAUCACAAACAAACGGGCCUGCUGAAUAGCUAUCGGCAGAGUAAUCCACAACACUGAGCCAAUGGCACUCAAGGCUCUAUUUAUUUUUGUCAAAUGGGCCUCACCAAGUUAGGGGAAAACCAAUGACAUUCCUGCAAAUGAUCUCAGUGAUCAAGCUGGGACAUUAGGUUUCAGGCGAUCCCCAAGGUACCCUGGAUCUAAGUUGUUCAGGACUUUGUAAGUUAAUGUAAGGACCUUGAACCUGUCUCAGUAGCAGAUGGGUAGCCAGUGAAGAUUUUUGCCAUCAUGUGCUCUGCUGGCUCUGCCCCCCAUCUGUCCACUGCAUAACCACAUUAAUGUCCAAUGAGAACUAAACAUGCUCAGCUGCUGUGGAAUGCAGAAAUAAGAGCAAACUGAGAGAGACAGGAGAAUUCAGCACAGCAUUCAAGAAAGGGGCAUGGCUAACGGAACAGGAUUGCUCCACACUGCAACAUUUUGUUGCAGGUCCAGCUGCUUGAAUCCUAUUUUCAAGCAUGUCAUCAGGGACUUAUUAUUUGUACGAAGGCAUAUUUGCUUAAAAUCAGUGCUUGCUUAAAUUCAUUUCCAUGGGAGGCACAUUGUAAUGACCUGAUCAAAAGCCUUUGACCACCAUUACACAUGCUCAUUUCACAAAAGAAUUAUCGCAGCACAGAAGGUGGUCCUAAUAUAGCAAUUAGGGUGCUAUAUGUAUUGAACCAUUUGAAUAUGAUUAGGAAAAAAAUAUCAAGAGAUCUUUCAAAGAGUGAGGAUUUUUUAAGCACUGAAAACACCUCAAGAGAAUGUAAGUCUCAAUAGGAAUCUUUAAGGGAAAUGUCCUUUUGUAUUUCCAGAAUUAAUGGGACUGGUUAUAUCAAAGGAAGGAUUAUUUCAUAACAUAGGUGCCUCUAUCUCCACAUGGCUUUGUCAUGGCUUUGUCAUCAUUUACAAAGGCCCGCUUACAUAUCAAAGAAGGAUAAUUUCUGCAAGUGCCAAAGGGAACCUUCUUAUGCCAUUAGCAUGAGUCUAUCUCUUGAUUCAGCUCAACAACACUGAAAUGUGGUGAGAGGUGGGGUGAUUUUGGUUAUUUGUAGUUCAUUCUAGAUGAUAUUGGUUGAAAUCCAUUUGUUUGCUUAUUUAUUUAUAAACAUACUUAUUGGCUGCUAUUUCAUAAAAUAUAUCAACGUGGUUUACAGCAAGAAUACAUAAAACCAUGCAGUAAUAACACAUUAUAAAAAUUAAAAACAGGCAUCACUUAGCCAUUGUGGAAAGAUAUAUUAUUAAUUGCCUGCAUAAGCCUGGCAGAAUAGAAAGGUUUUCAGGAAGCAUUUAAAAGUCUAAACAGACGGCCCCUGCUGAAUCGCUAUCGGAAUAGUAACCCACAACAUUGAGCCAAUGGCACUCAAGGCUCUAUUUAUUGUUGUCAAAUGAGCCUCACCAAGUUGGGGGGGAAACCAAUGACGUUCCUGCAAAUGAUCUCAGUGAUCAAGCUGGGACAUUAGGUUUCAGGUGAUCUCUGAGGUACCCUGGACCUAAGUUGUUCAGGGCUUUCUAAAUUAAUGUAAGGACCUUGAACCUGUCUCAGUAGCAGAUGGGUAGCCAGUGAAGAUGUUUCAACAACGGUAUCAUAUGUUCUUGGGCAGAUACCCCCAUCAGCAAUCGAGCAGCUGCAUUCUCCACCAGCUGGAGCUUCCAAACCAGACCCAAGGGCAGCCCCACAUAGAGCGCAUUACAGUAAUCCAGCAUUGAGGUUACCAGUGCAUGGACCACAAUGAUAACUGCCCAGCUAAGGAAUAGACACCAAUUGUGGAAUGGAUUCACCUCUCCCUGCAACUCUUGGUGCACUCUCAAAAUCUGCUUCAGAGGGUUGGGGGAUUAGGAGAAGAUGGGGGACGGCAGGUGGCUAAGAAGCUGCAGAGGGUGGAAAUGGAACAGACAUCUUGUCAUAUGAAUGAAGAUCUGCUUGCAUCCCUUAUAAUCCACGUUCCCAUGAAGAUUGUUGAGAAGAAUACAGCAUUGCACUCUUCUGAUGCUUCAUCAGAGCAAAUAUUUUGUUUGUUUGUUUGUUUUUUAAAUAAUUUUUAUUAGAGUUUUAAACAACAAUGAAAGAAAAGAAAAACAUACACAAUACAUAUAACAAAAACACACAAAAAAAGCAAGAUUCAACAAUAAAAGAACAAAAAAUAAAACAAUUAAAAACAAUAUCUCUUUUCCAUUUCCGUUUUUUAGUUACUUAUUUUCUGGACUUCCUCAUACCUCCCUCUUUUGUAUUCCAAUCCAAAUUGUUUGUCCAGCAAUUUCUUUUCCACUUUUUAAUCCCAAUCUUUAGCUUUAAUAAGAUAUUGAAAUAUAUAACUUCAACUUCUUUAAACCUGAUCGUUGGUCUUAGUAUCAUAUAACGUUAAAAUUUUUCCUCUUAAUGUCAAAUUUCCAUUUCUUUAAACAUCUUUAAUCCUAAUCUUUAAUCUUAGUCUAUCAUUAACUUUAACCUGUACAGCUGGAAACCGCUUGUUUUCAGUCCAACAUCACUCUAACAUUCUUUAAUUUUGCAAUGUUUCUGAAGAUAGUCUUUAAAUUUCUUCCAAUCUUCCUCCAUCGACUCUUCUCCCUGGUCACGGAUUCUACCAGUCAUUUCCGCCAAUUCCAUAUAGUCCAUAAGUUUCAUCUGCCAUUCCUCCAGCGUGGGAAGUUCUUGUGUCUUCCAAUACUUUGCGAUGAGUAUUCUUGCUGCUGUUGUUGCAUACAUAAAGAAAGUUCUAUCCUUUUUUAACACCAUAUGGCCGACUAUGCCCAGGAGAAAGGCCUCUGGUUUCUUAGGGAAGGUAUACUUAAAUACCUUUUUAAUUCAUUAUAUAUCAUUUCCCAGAAAGCCUUAAUCUUUGGGCACGUCCACCAAAGGUGAAAAAAUGUACCUUCAGUUUCUUUACAUUUCCAACAUUUGUUAUCGGGCAAGUGAUAGAUUUUUGCAAGCUUGACUGGGGUUAUGUACCACCUGUAUAUCAUUUUCAUAAUAUUCUCUCUUAAGGCAUUACAUGCCGUAAAUUUCAUACCUGUGGUCCAUAACUGUUCCCAGUCAGCAAGCAUAAUAUUAUGGCCAACGUCCUGUGCCCAUUUAAUCAUAGCCGAUUUUACCGUUUCAUCCUGAGUAUUCCAUUUCAGCAGCAAGUUGUACAUUCUUGACAAAUUCUUAGUUUUGGGUUCUAACAAUUCUGUUUCUAAUUUGGAUCUUUCCACCUGGAAGCCAAUUUUCCUGUCCAAUUUAAAUGCCUCCAUUAUCUGAUAAUAAUGAAGCCAGUCUCGCACUUUGUUUUUUAGUUUUUCAAAACUCUGCAAUUUCAGUCUAUCUCCGUCUUGUUCCAAAAUUUCCCAAUAUUUUGGCCAUUUGACCUCCAUAUUGACCUUUUUCAAGGCUUUCGCUUCCAUUGGUGACAGCCACCUUGGGGUUUUGUUUUCUAGCAAAUCCUUAUAUCUUAACCAAACAUUAAAUAGCACUUUCCUGACAAUGUGGUUUCUAAAUGCUAAGAGCAAACAUUUUGAGUUGCCAACAGGGGGCCGAGGAGCAAUAUUUUGAAGAAGGGGGCUGGGGCACCCCAAAAUUCUGUGGUGAUCCUCCAAAGCUUGUGUCAGGAUGAAGAUGCUUGGCCCUGCCACAUUCUUUUGCAUAUCACCAGCCCUGUCAUGUCCCUUUGAUGAUCCCCAGAGUACUUCCCCGGAAGGCCCGCUGCUGAUCUCUGCCAGGGACGUGGCAGGGCAAAGCAUCCUUGCCCUAGCACGCCCCUUUGAAAAUCCCUAGAGCACCACCCCAGCAAAUGGUGGAAAGUGGUGAGGUGUUGGAGUCUACCCAACUCUCAUCUCUCUGACAAUUGGCUAAGUUUGCUAAGCAUGAUGGGAGCUGUAGUCCAAAAACAUGUGGGCACCCAAGCUUGAAUAACACUGCCCUAAGCAACAUUGCUGAAGUCCAGUUCCGUCAACUUCUGCAUGUGGCAUGGAAGAGGGCUACCAUCAGGUCAGCCCUGGAAAAAAGGAGAAGAAAGAAGCCCAGGAAAGAAGGAAGGGGAGGGAGAUCAAAGCAGAAUCUGUCAGCUUAGUAUUAGCCAUUAAAAGCAUUCUGUUUUCCAUUCUUCUCUUUCAAGUCAACAUUCUUCAUUUACUCAUCUCUUUCUCUUUUGUGGUUUUUGUUAAAUAUUUAAUUGGGUUUUGUUACCGUAAGAUCUUGCAUUUGACUGACUUGUUGCUGCAUUGGUAUGACCACAUCUGACAGACUGUAUGUUGUGGAGCCACAUUUAUUAUUUACCAGUUCCCAGUUCUGCAGUCACAGUGCUCAGUAAUAUUAAAAUCUAAGUAAUGUUAUCAUCUGUAAAAAGGAGACAGGGGUUAUCCCGUUUCUCUUUGUUGUAAGGACUCAAAUACACACCAGAAAACAUAAAAAACUGAAAUGAUCCUGAAAUGUGGGGGGAGGGGAGUAUAAGAAAAAGUCUGGCCUUACAAUUAGAGGAUGAAAAGACUGCACAUUCAUCUUCUUUACUUCAGUUUUCACCCCAACUCUGAUAGAAAUUAUUCCGGCACUAAGAGAGCAACAAGAAAAAAAAUUCAAGAAAAUAAAAAUAUAUCACUGCUCUCGAUCAUUCCUGUGGCAUUUUGCAAGCAAACUUCUCAGGGGAUUCAUGCAUCUAUACAGAUUAAAAAAUGACCAAGUUUACAGGCCUUACUGAAAGGGAAUAAUAAAGCACUAUGAAGUGCCAAACUCAAUAUGUUUGUUUUAACAUUGGCCCAUGUUCAUUUAUUGGUUUCAAUUUGUAAGCAACUCUACCUGCACGUGGUGCAGUUGUCCCAUCAUAAGCCCAAUCCAUGCAUAUAUAAGACAUACCUGAGUUCAGACCAGAGCAGGGCCAUACUGUUGCCAUUAUUGUUGUUUAGUCAUUUAGUCGUGUCCAACUCUUCGUGACCCCAUGGACCAAAGCACGCCAGGCACUUCUGUCUUCCACUGCCUCCCGCAGUUUGGUCAAACUCAUGCUGGUAGCUUUGAGAACACUAUCCACCCAUCUCGUCCUCUGUUGUCCCCUUCUCCUUGUGCCCUCCAUCUUUCCCAACAUCAGGGUCUUUUCCAGGGAGUCUUCUCUUCUCAUGAGGUGGCCAAAGUAUUGGAGCCUCAGCUUCAGGACCUGUCCUUCCAGUGAGCACUCAGGGCUGAUUUCCUUCAGAAUGGAGAGGUUUGAUCUUCUUGCACUCCAUGGGACUCUCAAGAGUCUCCUCCAGCACCAUAAUUCAAAAGCAUCAAUUCUUCGGCGAUCAGCCUUCUUUAUGGUCCAGCUUUCACUUCUACACAUCACUACUGAGAAAACCAUAGCUUUUACUAUACGGACCUUUGUUGGCAAGCUGAUGUCUCUGCUUUACUUUUUUGCCAUUAUUACCAUUAUUUAAUUCAUUGUCUCUUGCAUAUAUGCCUCAUGACAAUUUAAAAACAUCUCAUAAGAAUAGCUAAAAUGGUUUUUAAAACAGUACGAAAACUGGCUGAAUAUUGGUUUAAAAAACAAUACAAGAUGGACACCUAAGGCAGAGACCUUUUCACCCAGAUGCAAAAGCUUGUUGAGACAAAAAUGUCCUCAGUUGUUUCUGGAAACUUCAAAUAAUUGAGUACGUGUAGUAUCUCAACAGGGAUGCAGUUCCACAAAAUAGGUGCAGCCACAACAACAGCCCUGCUCUCCUGGUUACUGUGGAGCAGGCUUCUGAGAUCGUUGAAACUUGCAGGAGAACCUUUCCUGCAGACUAUGGUGAUCUAUUGGGUAUUUCAGGGAUAAGGCACUCUCUCAAGUAAGCUGGUCCUGAGCUGCAUAGGGCCUUAUACGCUGUUACUAAAAACCGUAAACUUGGCCUAUUAACAGCUUGGCAACCAGUUGAAAUCCUGCAAGCAAGGUGUUAUAUGCUGGCGGUAUUGUGACCAGCUUUUUAAAGGUCCCUUUUUUCACACACACACACACACACACACACACACACACACAAAACCACUACCUCACGUCUACGAGUUCCAUGCAAUUAGGAUACCUAGCUGUGUGAGUGUCCCAAUUGCACAGAGACCCUACCCAUGAAGAGAAACUAGGAAAACCAAUUUUUAAAAAAAGAAGAAGAAAUAUUUCCUUAGCUGGUAAUACCACAAGUACAUAAGCCUCCAUAUGCAAUCACUAUGAUUAAAUUUGGGGUCUCAUCCCCCCCCCCAGUUCUCCAGGUUAACAUGGUCUCUGUUUCUAUGUCAGUCUAUUUUCUCCUCACACAAGGAUUGCUUAACCUUUUGAAACCAAAGUAAUUGCUUAAAAAUGCAGCAAUAGAUAGCCUUUCUGCUACAGGGUUUUGAGUCUUAAUGGUGAUGGUUGCUGCACUAUUAAAAGACUAUCUUAGGACCCUUAUUUUACAGUCCCAUUUUCCACAUUGCUUUUAACUGUUGUCUCUCUUUUUUUGGAAUAAUGUAUUGACUAAAUGUUGAAUCUGAAGUAUGACAGCAGUUAGCAGCAGAAAGUCUGAUGAAAUAUUCAAUAGCAAGGUACUGAGGCUUAGAAAGAGAAAGUGUUUUUCAAAGAAGAUAGGCUCCCCAGGGGUGUCCAACUCACGGGAGCUGUUAAAUUGCAUGUAUGAACCCAGAGAGGGGGGAAAUGGAUUAUCCACAUUGCCAUAGCAUUAUGUUUCUGUUCAAAUUUAUACUGCAUGGGGGCAAAUAUAUUCCCCUCACCGGAAUGAAGACAUGAGUCUGCAUUCAGAGUAAAAGGACCACAAUUCACCAACAGAAAUUUGCAAUGAACAUCUCAUUUAACCGGAAUAACUCUAAGGAAGGCAGGUGGGAAGGUCUUCCUAUUUCAUUAUCAUUAUUCCAGCUCAAGGCAUCAGAUUUUGCCACACCAUGAUUUUUAUUGCCUGUUUUUCCACCAAUGUGAAAUUGGCCCUGCACUGCACUGGCCAAUUUUCAAGGCCCUCAAGUCCACUGGCAAUGAGAGGUAGAUUGAGACAGAUCCUGUUCACACUCUAGGUGCCUCAGAAUGCUACCAGGGUAGAUGUCUUAUGGGCUUAUGUGCCUGCAUUAACAGCCCAUUGUGGUCAAAGGAAGUAACCAAUCAUCCAGCUCACAAGUGCUUAACAAGCUGAUGCUUCGGCAUGAUAGACUAAGAAGACGAACACCACAGGCCAUCAUGUGUAGGGAACAAAGUAACUCAUUUGCAAUCUCCCUUUGAGUUCUCAGUGUUUGAGAUUCUCAAAACCAGACACCUAGGCCUGACAAUACGUGCUCAAACUAUAGCACUUUCAGUUGAACCAAUGCAAAAGGUGAUGUGCAUUAACACAAACUCUUAGCGAACACAUUACUUUCAUUGGAUAUUAGAGCUGCUUUGAAAUCCAGUCAGUUCUUUCACCUGCUGUUCUCUGGAAGGGCAGCCAAAUUUAAUAAACUCCUUUCAAUAUCACAUAAAAACGAAACAAAGUGGGGGCAGCAAUUUUAAUUGGAUACCUUUCUUUUUCCCUUUUCUUUUUUUUUUCUUUUUCCAAGAAAGCAUAUUCCUCAUUUUUCUAUAUUUGUUGUUUAUUUAGCAAUGGAUGAGCUUCUGUUUGCUGGGAAAUAAACACACAUAUCAGGCUGUGAAUUGCUGAUUUAUUAGCCAAGCCAAAGGAAAAUGAAACUGGAGCUCUUGGAGGACAUCAAAGCAGCUGCAGAAGCAACAUGAGCCACCCUACUAGCAAAAUGCGGGGGUGACUAGCUUUGGUGCAUAAUGCAUGAGAGAAAACUUGAGCAGGGGGUGGCCAGGGAAGCUGUGAAAAUCAUUUCCAAAAACGCAUCUGCAGCUGCUCUUGUAGUAGAUCUUGUGCGCAAUGAUUCAUGUCUGCUAUGAUGUCUGAUUUGUCACACACCCUUUCCCAAACAAACACACACACAACACCUGGAGCUUCAGGAAAUAAAGUUUACUCUUCCCCUUUCAAAGGACAGUCUCCUCCAGGGCAAGGAUUUGUUUGUCUCUUUAAGUAAUAGAACAUAAAUGUCCAAAGGUAGAAUUUCCAAAGGCAAGCAUAUCAACACCCUUUCUAAAACUGACUGCUGCUCUCCAUGGUCCUGAAAUACAUACGGUAGCCAGAUUGACCAUGGCACUGUCAAGUGCUAGGAAUAACUUCAAGAUGAAAGGGUGUAUGGAUUGCUGUCAAUCACAGCUAGAGUUGUUUGCUUAAUCCUAAUAAUAAUAUUCUACCUUCUCACCUCAGUGGCCCCCAAACUGGAUUACUGAAUAAGUGAACAUUAAGAACCAUGGUAAAAUCCAAACGUAAGAGGAAGUCAGGGCAAAGAAAAAAACAGUAAUACAGCCACUUCACAUAUUACUGAUAUGCAGAGCACUGCUAAUCAAGUAUUUCGUAUUUUUAUUCUGUGAACCGCCCUGUGAUCUUCAACUGAAUGCAAUAAAUAAUAAAAUAAAUAAUAAAUUGACUCACACAAGCACACUUCAGGCAGACACGCAAAUCUUGUAAAUGAUGAGAACAUACAUUCUGAUUAUUAUUAUUAGUAGUAGUAGCAGUAGUAGUAUUGGAUCUAUUGAUUUUGUACCAGUGCAAAAGCACUUAACAAAUGUGGCACAAAUUACCAUCUGAAUGCCGGGGGAGUUGCAUCUAUAGAGCAAAUGAACUCCAUCUCCCUCAAGAAUGUUGUUGGAAACUAGCCAGCAACAUAUCUUUAUCAACUACAGUUGCCUUGGCUAUGCAGGCGUUAUCAAUAAAGAGCCACAUUCCCCCUUGAAACCCUUCCACGCUGCGUUUAGGAGAUAUGUGAGAUUAUUAGCAUUGUUGUUGUUAUUAUUAUUAGGACAUGCUGGCUUGUUUGACUUUGCAUUUAUUCAAAAAUGGCUUUCUGAACAAGCCAUUUAAAAAAAAAAAAAUCCCUUUGCUUCAGAAUGCAUCUAGUGGAAAAUCAUUCCAAAUUCAAACAUGUCACCUCUGAAAACCUCCUAGUUGAGGUUAAUAAUGCCAGCAGAGUUAUUCAUGGUUAUCCCAUCAGUGCUUGUGCUAAGCUAAUAUGCCAUCAUGGGGUUAUCUUUAAAUGAAGCUUUGAAGCACAAUGUUGAAUGAUUGCAUUUAACAGUCAUGUCUCAUAACAAAGUUGGCUUCUUCAGCAAACUAUGUGAUUCUCCUUUGUAAAAUAUUUGUUCCUUGAACAAUGCAAAUAUGCCAUAAGCUCUCCCGACUGAGAUGUAUCACUGAAUAAUAGUUGCAGGACUGUGAAUUUCUGGUAGCUAACUCAGGUUUUUUUUUAUAGUGCAAGUUGUGCCAGCAGCCAAAAUCCUACCUGCUAGACUUUCUGUGGCACAAACCCGCAACUCACAUUGCUGCAGUCGAAUAGCAUCUUGCAUUGGACUGGGCCUGUAUGAACAUAAGAGCCCUGCUGGAUCAGACCAAAGGCCUGUCUAGUCCUGUAACCAGCUCUUACAAUGGGCAGCUAGAUGCCUAUGGGAAGCCCACAAGCAGGGCAUGUGGGCAUCAGCACUCUCCCCACUUGUGGUUCCCAGUGACUGGUAUAUAGAGGCAUGCUGCCUCUGACAGCCGAGGUAGAACAUAGCCAUGAUUACUAGUAGAAGAAGAGAAGAAGAAGAGUUUGGAUUUGAUAUCCCGCUUUAUCACUACCCGAAGGAGUCUCAAAGCAGCUAAGAUUCUCCUUUCCCUUCCUCCCCCACAACAAACACUCUGUGAGGUGAGUGGGGCUGAGAGACUUCAAAGAAGUGUGACUGGUCCAAGGUCAUCCAGCAGCUGCACGUGGAGGAGCGGAGACGCGAACCCGGUUCCCCAGAUUAUGAGACUACCGCUCUUAGGCUCACGGUAGCCUCAUCCUCCAUUAUCUCUAUAGCUGAAGAAUAAGUAUAGAUGACUGGAGCAACAUGGGAUCCAUUUCCAAGCUAGAUUUCAUGUUACUGCAAUAAUAACUUGCAUCAGUUUGUGUGACAAACAUGGCUGUUUCUUGUACCAACAUUGCUCCUCUCUGGAGACCAGAAGGAACCCUGUAUGGUGCAAAAUGGUUCUUCCCUAUGACAAUUUCUAGAGUGGGAUAGGAUCUAGCCAUCUCUAACACUGACCUGGUAAUCUGAUUUUAUCCUGUGAACCACCCUGAGAUCUUGUGACGAAGGGCAGUAUAUAAAUAUUUUAUUUUUAUUUUUAUUAUUACUAUUAGUAGUCGUAGUAGCAGUAGUAGUAGUAGUACAAGUCAAUUGACCAGUGAGGCAGUGUGUGUGUGUGUGUGUGUGUGUGUGUGUGUCUGUGUCUGUGUCUGUGUCCUAUGUACAAUUACAUGUCCAGCUCCCAGUGCCAAUGCAGAACAUCUCAUGCGUCUUUCACUGGAACCAGAAACCUUAAACCAAGAGUAGCCAAAGUGGGGCCUUUCAGACAUUGUUGCACUGCAACUCCCAAUGGCCCCUGCAUGGUCAAUGUUCAGAGUUCUAGGAGUUGUGGUCCAACAGCAUCAAGAGGGCCUCAUGUUGGUUAUUCCUGUUUCCAAAUGCACAAGAGAUGAGGUGGAAUUCAACUAAGUUUUACCCAGAGUAGAACCAUUGAAAUUAACAGACCUACUUCCGGGGUGGCGCCUCCGGAAAAUGGCGGAAUUCCCUUCGAACUGAAGGGAACCCGCUGCACAGAGGCUUGGGUCCUGCCGCUACGGCGCAGCGGGGACCCUUAAAAACCACAGGCGGAAGAAGCCUGUGGACGUGGGACUCGGCGGGCACCGAGAGCGCUCUCUCCCCUUGUACAGGAGCCCGGUAACGGGCUCCGGAGUGGAGGUGCGUGGUGCUGUGAGUCGACUGCUUCCUCCGUGCAGCAAAGCCGCACUGCCGUUUCGGAGAGCGCUGCCUUUUUCCUGGACAAUUUGGCAUCUAAAACAUCUAUCCGUGAGUACCUGAUCCUGGAAGAGCUGAACUACUUUUAAGAUUGGUGAAUAAAUAAAUAACAUUGGACUUGAACUUGAAAUUGAAUUUAAUUGGGACUCGGAACGGAAAGGUCUAAACAGGAAGUCGCCUUCCGUUCUUUUGUUACGUGAAGAAAGCAAAGACAAAUUAUACUAAAGCUUGAAAAUUAAAUUCUGAGAGAACUAAAAUUCAACAUCUAAGAUUUCUGAACCCCCCUUUGACUGCCGGAGAAUAUGGGGUUUUUUUUGGUUUUUUCAACCCUGCGGAAGUGAGUUUAAAAUAAAGUAAUUUUCCACCGCCCUGAACCAGGAGCGGGCUGUCAGAACUGACGUUUUGAAGCUUAUCCAGCUCGACAGAUAGUUAAAAGAAGGGUAACAUUUUGAUUCUACUGUUGCCUCUUGAAUUUGGAAGGGGGAAUUUUAGAUAAAGUGUUUCUGGAAAAAGAAAGAUUGUUGCUGUUGUUUUUCCCCCUCUUAAAAAAAAAAAAAAAAAAAGGGUUUUCCAUCUAGUGGAACUGAGUGAAAUUGCAAUGCAGAGAGUUUAAAAGAGAAGGACUAUUCUCGUGGGAAAGAAUUUUCUUUGACCUUGAAGGACAAUGCUUGUACAAAGGCUUGAACAAGUGUUCCUGGAAGGUUUUGCAAAAUUAAGUGCCCAGCUGGACCAGAUGCGUCAGGAGCCGACCUUGAUGAUGGAAGUUACCAGAGCACAGCAGCAAACAAAUGAAAUUCAGUUAAAGUCUAUACAAGUAUAUGAACCUGCUGUAGCGACGGAGGCUUCAGAGAUGGAGGGACCUUUGGAUGGGCAAGAUCAGCCUUUGAACUUGAUAAAUGAACUUGGGACAAACCUGAUUCGGAAAGAUGAAAUGUGGUCAGAUUUGGAAAUGGGGGGAUGGAUUGACACCCCUCUAUAUGGUUAUUUGGACUUUCCGAGUCUAGUGAUGGGCCAUCAGAGGAUUGGAGUAGUCGAAGUCUCCAAGCUUUGUGGAAAUUGGAAGUGGUAUUAUCUGCUGUCUGGCUUGGGUAAUGGGUUUGGGAUGGACUUGCUGCAAAGAGUCAAAAGCAUCUUUUUGCUGGAGUAUCCACGACUGAAAGGGAAAUAUCAACAAGAGUGGCGAAAGGGGCAAGAAAGAGACUUGAGGGCCUCGGAUACGAGACAACCAGGUUAAGGAGCCGGAUUAUUGAGGUUAAAAGGACUGACAAUCCUGGGCCCAGGGGAGGGAGGCUGGAAGCUGACUGGACUGAAUCUGACUUAUUAUUUUUCUUUCUUAUUUUUUAAUAUUGGGAAUGUUUAUAAAUGUCUGAAGGAUGUUGAAUGAAAUUAUAUGGCUUAAGUAAGGAUUGGUAAAGGAUUUGUAAAAGGUAAUGAUGUAAGAAUUUGCUAAAUAUUGAAUAUAAGCUUUGAGUUUUAAAGUUUUUAUAUGACAAGAGGGAAAAUAGAAUAAGGAAACGUAAUGAUAGAUUGUUAUGAAAAAACAGAAAGGAUUUGCUGUAAAAAUUAAAUACUAAGAAACAAGAGAGGGGAGGAGGAGGAAGUCUAGAAAGGAAGUUAAUGGAGAUCGUAAAGGAUUUUAUAUUUCUGUUUUUCUGUUUUUCUUUUUUUCUUUUCUGCGGCUGGGUUUUUUCUUCUUUAUUAUUUGUAUUAUUUUUGUUUUUUUCUGUAUUUUCAAACUUUUUUGGAAAUUUUUGUUGUUACUCUUUGAAAACUUAAUAAAUAUCAAUUAUAAAAAAAAAAAAUGAAAUUAACAGACCUGACUUGGUCAUGUUGAUUAAUUUCAGUAGAUCUACUCUGAGUAAAAUUCAGUUGAACACCACCCAUGAUGUUUUGAUCAUCCAUAUGGAGUCAGUGCAAAUGAUGGUUAUGAUCUAUUUUAAGCUGAAUAAGAGACAAUUCUCACGAUAAUUUGUUCUUGCUCUUCCCCACUUACCCAGUGGCAUCGCAAUGGGAAGGCGUGGGGGGUGGUACGCCCCAGGUUCCAUGUCUGCGGGGGUGACAAGAAGUGGGGCGUGAGCAGCCAUCAUGCAGCCGCAGCCACAUAUGGAGGAUCCUCCAUCCACGGCUGCAGCCACAAGCAGAGGAUCCCAGCAUCAUGCAUAUGGCACUGGAGCAGUGCCAGCUGCAAACGCUAUACAGCGCGUGUGCGAUGUCGCUCAUGCACUGUACUCAGUGGUUUGCCGGUGGCGCCGCUCCAGUGCCGUACGGCUGCAGCCAUGAACAGAGGAUCCUCCAUUUGCGGCUGUAGCAGCAACUGAGGGAUCCCGGCACCAUCCUUAAGGCGCUGGAGCGGCAGUGCCAACAAACCACUAUACAACGCAUGUGCGGCGUUGCUACAUACGGCGCAUGCAUCAUACGUAGUGACGCCACACAUGUGCCCUACUUAGCGAUGCCCACCCUGGGUGUCGCGAUGCCUUCCUUUGCCCCUGCACUUAAGGUAAAGGUAAAGGGACCCCUGACCAUUAGGUCCAGUCAUGGCCGACUCUGGGGUUGCUGCACUCAUCUCGCUUUAUUGGCCGAGGAAGCCGGCGUACAGCUUCCAGGUCAUGUGGCCAGCAGGACUAAGCCGCUUCUGGCGAACCAGAGUAGCGCACGGAAACGCCGUUUACCUUCCUGCCGGAGCGGUACCAAUUUAUCUACUUGCACUUUGACAUGCUUUCGAACUGCGAGGUUGGCAGGAGCAGGGACCAAGCAACAGGAGUUCACCCCGUCGUGGGGAUUCGAACCACCGACCUUCUGGUCGGCAAGUCCUAGGCUCUGUGCCACCCGCGUCCCUGCCCCUGCACUUACCAUCUAUUAAUUCAUUUAAGGGGGGAAAUAGUGCUACCCACUUCAAAAGAUUGAAGGCUACCUUUAAAUAUUAGGCAGUGAUUUCUGAGAAGCUCAACCUUUUCCUGAACUAUAAUCUGUUUCUGCUAAAGAACGACAUAUUCUAGCAUACGACGAUUUGUUGUAAGACAGCACUAUUGCUGGAGGCUAACUAUAGUGCAGGGGUGCAGCUGAAAGGUAUUUCUUCUAAUUUCUUCUAUCUCUUAAGCAUAGCUGACAAGCACAGAGAGUGUGUAUUGGAGUGACACUUGCAGCAUGAUAGCUAGGUGCUGGGAUCUGAAAGAUAGUAUUGGAGCCUAGUCUCUGAAUUGUCUUCUUUAGAGACAAAGAUGCAGAACUCAUGUUUGAAAAGGGGGAGUGGUGCAGUCAUAUGGAAGAGCAGAGGCAACAGAAAACUGUCAUGAUGUUGUAGUCAGGACAGGAACUGAGGCUGCAUGAGAGGAGCAGACUGAAAAGAGAAUAAGAGGUGAAAAUAUGUGAUAAGAACUGUUUUUGUUUAACUGUUUUUAUUUAACCAGAUAUGAAAGCUGUCUCCAGGGGAAGUGGGUGCAUGAAGCACUAGCUUGUUGCUUAAGAGGCAGGAUGUGUGACUAAAGGGAUUUAAAGUAAAAGUCCAACCCCAUCUGGUAGUGGUGGGGUAAGGUAAAGGUAAAGGAUAAAGGACCCUUGGAUGAUUAAGUCCCAUCAAAGGCGACAAUGGGGUUGUAGCGCUCAUCUUGCUUCAGGCCAAGGGAGCCAGCGUUUAUGGACAGACAGCUUUCCAGGUCACGUGGAAAGCUGACUAAAGCACUUCUGGCACAACAGAACAGUGUAACAGAAACCAGAGUGCAAUGAAACACCGUUUACCUUCCCGCUGCAGCGAUACCUAUUUAACUACUUGCACUGGCAUGCUUUUGAACUGCUACGUUGGCAGGAGCUGGGACAGAGCAACGGGGGCUCACCUAUCACGAGGAUCUGAACCGCCAACCUUCCAAUCAGACUUUAUUCCAUAAUGCAUUGUCGUACAAAGAGUCUGUGAACAGUUUCCAUCAGUACACACCCUAUAUAGGAAAUAUGCAUCAUUGUAGCUGUUUCAUUCUCUAACCAACCACAUUCUGCCAUCCCAUUUGCUUUCCACUACAAGAUUGAGCUUCAAUUAGCUUUAAUGGAAACAGUCUUAAAAUAGUUACAAAGUAAAUGUUGGCAAAAAAAUACACAUUGCACUUAAACUAGCAAUGCUGUCUAGACUUCUUUCUACUCCUGAAUACAGUUCAAUAAACCUUCCUCUCUCUGGUGCCAGAGAAAGAUCCUAUGCUUGUUCAUCAUCCCUGAAGUUCAAGGACUGACUAAGACACUGAGUUCUCAGGUUUCAUUUCCCUGCUAUGAGAGUGAUCUGGGAUGAGUCAUCAGUUAGCCUAAACCCUCAAAUGGAAACCUCCAACCUUUUUCUUGUCUCAUUUGCUGGAGACAAACCCUCUGCCUAAUGCAAACUUCACAAACUAUUUUCAAACACAACACAUACAGACAUAACAUUUAAUGCAUAUUAAACUUACAUCUUUAACAGCCAAUACAAAUUAAUAAUAAGUCUGGCAGGCAGCCUGACUGAAAUCAUAGAACAGGACAAAAUGCCUCUCAAGUCAGUGGCACAGCAAAUAUUGUGUGGAAUAGCUCCGGAGAAACCUGGUGAUUCCCCUGAUAUUCUGCAAGAAAUGGUUUGUGGGCCCAGUGUCCACCUUAUUCCCUACCAAUGGACCUCAUAUUUAAGAAUAUAUGAAACUUUCAUUCUUAUCCGACCCACCCACCCACUCUAAAUCAAAAGGCAACAAAGAAGCAUAUUGCUGCUCUCAGAUAGUGUGGUGCUCUGGAAAGCUGUGAGUCACAUCAGAUAAGUAAAUGAGUGAGUUGUUUCAGUCUCAGUUCAAACAGCGGUUCAGUUAGGUAAUUUUAGACUCUGGACUGCAUGGUCUUAAUCCCACUUUAGAUAGUAAUGUGUGCUAUUUCACUUACUUCAAGUUGUCUUAGAGGGUCUCCCUGUUUAGAUGGUGAUGUAUUUCACUAACUAAAUAGGUAAAGGUAAACGGCCAUCGGAUGGUUAAGUCCAGUCAAAUUCGACUAUGGGGUACAGUGCUCAACUCCACUUUCAGGCCAAGGGAGCCGGCGUAUGUCUGCAGACAGCUUUUCUGGGUCAUGUGGCCAGUACAACUAAACCGCUUCUGGUGCAAUAGGACACCUUGACAGAAGUGCAUGGAAGUGCUGUUUAACUUCCCACCACAGCGGUACCUAUUUAUUUACUUGCAUUGGUAUGCUUUUGAACUGCUAGGUUGGCAGGAGCUGGGACAAAGCAAUGGGAGCCUACCCCAUUGUGUGGAUUCGAACCGCCGACCUCACAAUUGGCAAGCCCAAGAGGCUCGAUGGUUUAGACCACAGCGCUACUGUGUCCCCCACACUGACUAAAUGGUCUUACUGGGUCCAUGCUCUUUAGGUGGCAAUGUGCAUUACUUUAUUUGCUUCAAAAUGUAGCCAACUAGCCCUGUUGUGUUUGGAAGCCUUCUUGCUUGUUCUGCUGUGUGGGACCCUCAGCAUCUCCCCACAAAGCCUGACCUGUUUCCAUUUAAGCUGCAAUUAGGCCUGUGCUCCUUGGGUAGUCUCAAGCAAAUGCCUUACUAUCUUUCACCUGUGCCUCCCUGCCUGUAAAACCCUCUUAUUCUUCACAGGGCUGUUGUGAUGAUGAAUGUUUUAAGGAUUAUAAAGCCAUUUGUACACUUUUUAAAAAGCUCUCUAGGCAUUCAUAUUUUUGCUGGGAUGCUGAGUAUAUAAACACAGACCUUCCCAUUGUAUUGGAGACAAUGUUGCUCUAACAGCAUUUACAACAAUACACUGUGUUGUUCUCAAAGAUGUUACUGGGAAGCCUCAUGUGCUCAACAUCUGUUCACUAAGUCCAAGAUCAAUAUUUGAGAUUUAACUAUGGUGGUUCUUCUAAUGAACAGUUGUAACUGGAAUCAGGUGGACAGUAUGAAAACAAGACCAGUAUUGACUUCCUAAAAAUAGCACACAAUGAAAGGUGCAUAGACGGCUAGCAAGGAAACUAAGAGACUGGGAUUCAAUUCACUGUUCUGACAAAGAGAUCAUCAUUGGAAGCCCUCCUCUAGGCUACCCCCUCCAUCAGAUGUUAGGCGCUGGCCACUGAGCAGAAGGAACAUCACAUUUCUGCAACUAUCUGCUCAAGGAGGCUCCCCUGGCACCUUCUUCUUCUUCUUCUUCUUCUUCUUCUUCUUCUUCUUCUUCUUUUCUCUCUCUCUCUCUCGCUCUCAAAAUUUAUUAAUUUUAUUUUGACAAAGUAAUAAUCAUAAAAAGAUGUGCACCCCACCACCAAAACCAUUCCAUUGUAACUAUCCAACCUCCCAAAAUUUCAACAGAUCUUGUGAUGGUUUGACCACUUUCCAUUUUAUCAGUACACAUUCCACAAACACCCUCCCUAUCUCCUCAAAAGCAUUUCUCCUGCAUAUUCCCCGUCUUACCUUAAUGGCACAUUUUAAUUUAUCAUUCAUAGCUAUAUCCCACACCUCUUUAUACCAUUCUUUCAUUUUAUAUUCUGCUUGCCCCUUCCACUUCCUAGCUGUAAUAAUUCAUGCAGCUGUCAAUCAAUUUGUGAGCAAGUCCUUCAUAGCCUGUGAACCUUCCAGGGUGUUUAAGGAGAUGACAGAAAUCACUGGGUUAAACCUGACCAAAAGUCCAGAGGCAGCAUUAUUAUCAAUUUAUGAUGGCACCUUCUUUAAUAUCUUUUCAGCACUGGGCAAAGAAGAUAUUUUCUGUUUCCCUAGGUUUUCCUAGGUUUUGGCCCUUCACCAUCUGAAAGCACCUUGAGGUCACCUAUGGUUGUAGCUCAGUGAAAGAGCAUCUGCUUUGCAUGCAGAAGAUAUCCUGUUCAAUCCCUUGCAUCUUGAGGUGGGGCUGGGAAGGACCCUUGUCUGAAAUCAUGGACAGCUGCUGCCGUUCAGUGUAGACAAAACUAAGCCUUGUUCUCAGUUGGAGUAAGGCAGCCUCUAUGUUCCUUGGGUUUUUCUUUCUUUCCUUCUGCUGCUUAUAUGAUUUUGUUGUAGGUUUAUUGUAUUGCACUGAGAUGGGGGAUUGGUUUGAAUGGUCUCCCCCCACACAGUGUAAAAAGAGAUUGCUUGGACAAACUGGAUGGACAAUUACAGCCUUUUGUUAGGAGGACUAGCAGUGAUGUGUCUGAAUAGCUGGCCUUUACAUAGGAAAGGAAAUUGCUGAAGAUUCCUUCUGGAAGCGGACAAGUCCUUAUUCUUCCAUCUUCCCCUGUUUCUCAAAGGUCAUCCAGCUGUAUCUUUGUAGACUGAGAGUGCAAAGGGCCAAAGUGGUACUAUUUCUUGGGAUAUCUGGAGGGUCUGGGUAUCCCUCAGAAACUUAAUUGGGGAGCAGGAUCUGUUGGAGUGUUAAUACUGCAGCUCCCUACUUUAUGCUCAGCAUGUCUAUUUGAAAAUAAAUGCAAAUGUUUCAAAAUGCCACAAGGCUCCUGUGAUCUCCUUCCAAAGGAAAUGGAGUCACAUGACUGGGACUCCUCAACACUGUAAGUGGGGUGCUUGAUAGCUCUCCACAGAAACAGACCUUGUCAGUCUGUGUGUGUGUCAGCGGCAUGCAGUCCAUGGACUAGUGAGACUAGCCUAGUCCCCUUAAUGUUCCUGGCAGGAUAUUUCUGUGUAGCUGCUUAGCCAGGGUCUCUCUCUCUCUCUCUCUCUCUCUCUCUCUCUCUCUCUCUCUCUCUGAUUACCACUGUAAAGGCUGCAAAACUACAGGACCCUGCAGAGCAACACACAAGCAUGAGCAGGAAGCAGCUGCUUGAAGCAAAACUGCAGCCCCUUCUCCCUCAUUUUUUAAGGAAGAGCAGUCAGAAAGCCUGAAGUGCCUAUGGGGUGGGGAUGGAAAACAAGAUGCCUGCAACCUUAAUAUAUCACUACCUCCCUCCUCUCCUUCAGCCUGCCUCUCUCCUCUCUCUCUCCCCCUCUCUCUCUCUCUCUCUGUGUGUGUGUGUGUGUUGAAAGCCUGGUGCUUUCAUAAAAUAAACCCUCAGCCACAAUCUGCCAGAACCUGAAGGAUCGGCAGCAACAUGCAACAUGCAACAACCAACAACAUGAUCAUAAAAAGGGAGAUAAUGAAGAAUGGGGGGUGUUAAUAUUUUGGGGGGGGGAUCCACCCUUCCGUCUGCGGUUGUCUUUUUCAAAUAACAAAGCAAAGCCAAACUUUUCUUCUUUUUGCAAGCUGCUAGGAAAUGGCAAAUUGACCAGCCAGAGAAUGGACCUCCUUGGGAGGCUGUGGACCCUCCUUCAUUGAAAGUUUUUAGGCUUCUGCCAGGGAUGCUUGAGUGGAGAUCCCUGCCUUGCAGGCAGAUGAUCCUAGCGGUCUCCAACUCUACAUACAGCCGUAACUGUUCCCCUACAAAAAAAAAUUCAUGGCACACCACUGGUGUGGGCAGGUAGAUGUUUGUCUGCUUGUGCUGAUUGGCUGGUUAGAUGCAAACAUGAGAUGGAUUCUGGCCAGUAUUUACAAAAGGCACAAGCAAAUAAGCUGAGCAAAGGCUGAAUCUACAGAAGCAGCCAAGGUGUUAGUUGAGCAACAGCUGUCAGCAGCAUCAGGAGACUUCGCUCAAGAAACCCCAAAGAGAAAAGGUUCCUCACAAAUGGAGUUAAUUAACUUAGGGAAAUAAAAAGACAAGGGGGUUGCUUCUGAGGGAGCCUUUUUUCUCAUCUCUCUUUGGCUGAAAGGGUCUGUGGGUAACACGCCUCCUGCUAAGUCUCCAGAGUAAAGUAACUGGUGCACUGUUAAAUAUUGCUAUUAAACUGUUUUCUUGGGAGUUGUUUUUGAUUUGCAUGGAAUAGAUUAAAAGUCUGUUUCUAAUCCCACCAGAUUUCCCAUGGAGUAUAAUUAUACAUGAAACAGAAUAAGAAAUGUGGGCCAACAAUUACCUUAAUUAGACUGUGGUUACGAAGCUGUCAGUGUGCCUAACCCCACCAAGUACACAGAGAGAGGACCGGGGUAAUGGAUUCGUUGAUAAAUGUUUGCACAGCAAGGGAAUUAAUUAUCAGUAUAAAUAAAUAAUAGACUGUAAGACCCUCAGCCAGCAAGCAGGGCCCUGCCCUUUAAAACCACUUAUACCAUGAGGGUUGUCUAAGAUUCUAGUCCUGUUGACUGCCCCUCAGGGAAAGCUUUGAACUCCGGCUGAUCUGUUGAUCCUCUUUAUAUUUCAGCCUGCGCUACCUGGAUAAAUAAGUUAGAGAUUGCAAAAUACACAGCCUUCCUUUCCUUUCCUUUCCUUUCCUUUCCUUUCCUUUCCUUUCCUUUCCUUUCCUUUGCAUGGCUGUUGGCUUGUUAUUGGCUCAGGCACCAGGCUCCCUCUCAUGGUGUGGGAACCCCUCCCAGUCCUUCCCAGUAGGAGAUCAGGCCCUUUGUUUCUUUUUCUUUUUUAAUGAUAUUUAUUGAGAAUUUAAAAUUACAGAGAAGAAAGAAUGAAGAAACAAGAUAAAAAGAAGAAGAAAGAAACAAAUAGACAAAAAUAGCAUUUAAACAAUACAAAUCAAUAAAAACCAAAGUCAAAAACAAAAAACAAAACACACAAUACAUCAAAGUCAAAAAGCAAAAAUAAACAGAAAAUUUGAAAACAAAUCCAAUAUUCCCAAAUCCUUAACUUUCAUUAACUUAUUUCAUCGACCUCCUCACACCUCCCUUUUUGUAUUCUAGUUAUUAAUUAUCUCAGCAAAUCCUUUCCAUCUUUCACAAUAUUCUGUCAUUAAAUUACCUUAAUCUAUUUUAACCUUAUCUUACCAUAAAAAACCCUAAAGCUUAAAACUUAAGUCUUAUUUAUACCUAAUUCUUUUAUCCAUAACAUAUUCUUACGUAAUUCUUUUUAACAUUUCUGCUAAAGCCAAAUAAUUUCAUUCCAACAUUUUUCUAAUACUCAUUAAUUUUACAAUGAUUUUCUAAAUAAAUUUUAAAAACUUUCUUCCAAUCUUCAUCCAUCGUCUCUUCUUCCUGGUCUCGGGUUAUGUCAGUCCUUUCUAUCCCAUCCAUCUAGUCCAUCAACCUGGUGACCUUCUAUCCGAGGCUCUUAAGUCUUUUUCAUGUCCCUUCCGCAGGUCUUCUUCAUGUUUAUACCUGUACUUUACUUUGUCUUCUGCUGAUCUUAUUCUUAAUUUCCUUCCUUUCUCUCGGGGAGACUCCAACUUGACAAUAUCUUUGUCCCUUCUCAACAGGUCAGCCCAUUCGCCAUAGUCAACACUGUAAUCCAUGUGAUAUUUAAAGGCAUGUUUCAAAGUCCCUCCAAAGUUAAGGGCCCCCACAAUUCCCAACUCCCCCCAGCCCAAAGCCAGACUCGAAAGGUCAAAACAUCCCUGCAUAGGGGGAUCCAUCCAGCCCCCCAUCUCCAAGCCAGACAGAACUCUAUCUCUCCAAAUCUGACUUUUUCCAGGUUCAUUCGUCAAAUCCAACAACUUAUGUUCCUGCUGGCCGCAGCUCUCUCCAUUUCUGCUACUUGAGGUUCAGCAACAACCUCCUCCUUUAUCUGGUCUGUCAAAGCACAUUCCUGAAUUAAUUCCUGAGUGGGUUCUAUAUAAGUAUGUAGUCUUUCUUUGAUUAUAUUCUUGGCCCUUCCCCUUUCUAAACUUAAUAAAUACUCUGGGGAGAGACCAUAUGUGGCCAAUUUUCUGAGAGUGCCCUUCAACCAACUAGAUUGGAAUUUGUCAAGAAGCAUCAGGGAAAGUAGUCCAACCGGCGAGUUGUUAAGUCUUUGCCAAGUGCAUAAGGUUCUUAUCCAUACUUUGGUUUUGAUGCUGUAUAAGCCCGCUUCCAGUCGUAGGGCGGCGUUUGGGACGCAUUUAAGUGUUUGCAGGAGUGAUCUAAGGAAACCUGAUUGUAUCUUUUCGUAUGGGUCUAGAUUGGAGAGGGAGACGAGUGGUGCGCCGUAUAGUAUUUGUGCUGUUGGUUUUGCAGCGAAUAGUUUAAUUGUGGCAGGAAUAAAAUUUCCUCCCAUUGUACGAUGGUAUCUUAGAAUUGCUGUUGUACUUUUUGUGCUGUAGAGGAACUGUAAUUUAUGUGGGCAGUCUUCUUCCUUGAUGCUUGGAAUAUAACUCCUAGGUAUUUAAAGCAUGUCACUUGUUCAAUCUCCUGAUUGUCUAAUUUCCAUCUAUAUAUUUUUCUUUUAUUGGAGAAAACCAUGAUUUUUGUUUUUUGGUAGUUCACUACUAGUUUCUCUUCUCUACAAUAUUGAGAUAAGCUGUUAAGAGCUCUCUUAAGGCCCUUCUGAGUCUGGGACAGUAUAACCACAUCGUCUGCAUAUAGUAGGAUAGGCAGUUUUUUGUCUGCUAAUUUUGGGGCGUGUGUAUCCGCUCCUUGUAGGUGGUCUGUUAGGGAGUUUAUAUAGAUGUUGAACAAGAAGGGGGCCAAAAUGCAUCCUUGUUUAACUCCCUUUGUUGUUCUAAUGGAAUUAGAGAGUUGACCUUCUUGGCUACAUCUUAUACGAAGUCGUGUGUUGUUGUACAGUUUGGAUAUUAAUAGCAGGAGACGUCGGUCUAUGGAUGAUUUGUUGAGUUUGUCCCAGAGUCGGGGUCUUGAGAUGGAGUCGAAGGCUGCUUUAAAAUCUACAAAUGCUGCGAAUAGGUGGUGAUUAUGAUGCAGCGUGUAUUUCUCAGCUAGGUGCUGUAAGGUCAAGCAGUGAUCCAUUGUGGAUCUCCCCUUUCUAAAUCCUGCCUGUGCAUCAUCAAGAAUCUUCGCUCUUUCUAUCCAUUCGCACAGUUUCUCACAAAGGUGUUUAGCAUAUAAUUUGCUUAUUUUAUUCAGGAGGCUUAUAGGUCUGUAGUUAGAGGGAUCAUCCCUCAGGCCUUUUCUGUAAAUGGGAAUAAUGAUGGAAGUCCCCCAGUCGUAUGGAAUCUGUGCAGUUCUAUCUAUAUAUGUGAACAGGGAGGCUAACAGGGGGGCCCACCAGAUCGCGUUGGUUUUAAAAAGUUCCGCUGGUAUACAGUCAAUUCUGGGGGCUUUCCCGUUCUUUAGUUGGUCAAUCAGCAGAUGAGUCUCUGUUAUUGAAACUCUGUUAUUGAAACCUGGUCAUAAACAUAAGUACCAAUUUUGUGAUUUGGCCAUAUCUCCACUGUUAUCUGUAGUACAAUAGUACUUAUAUUGCCAUAUUUUAUUUUAUAAAUUGCUUGCUGGUCAUUGACCGUAUUAAAGAUAUUUGUAUUUCUAUUUGUAUCCGUCCUUUUAAAAGCAGAUCUAGCAACAAAGUUUCUUUCCUUUUUCGGAUAUUUUGUUCCUUUUAAAUGCAAAAGGGAGCAAUGGAAUCAAUAUGUUUCUCUUUUUUUUUUUUUAACUAUCUGUCAAAAACGUUUGUCCACAGUCAAUGAACUUCCCCAAAACAUCUGUCUUGACACCCCGCUCCCAGGUUCAAGACGGUGGAAAUUUAUCUUUCUUUACUCUCUCUUCUGCAGGUUUAAACAGUUUAAAAAAGAUUCCCCCCUCUUCUCCUGCUUCCAAGGGAGGUUCAGUAGUUUUAAACGAUGAAAAUUUAAUCCUUUACAAAUGACUUUCCAGACUCUAGCUUGCAAUGUCUUUGCUUCAAUCUAUUUACAAAAGCGGAAGGCGGACUUCCUGUUUAGACCUUCCCGCUUCGGUACCAAAUUAAGAAAUUUUAUAGUCCAAUUUUCCGUUCUACUCACGGGCAGUUGUUUAAAAUCCAAUUGUCCACAGGAAAAAGUCAGCGCUCUCCGGCAACAGCAAUGCGGCUUCACUCCGUGAAAAGAGCAGCUGAUUCGAAGCACCGCGCCACUCACCCCACGUCGCUCCGGAUCCCCGAAACCGGGUUUCCCCGCGAGUAGGGGAGGCGCGAAAGGUGCCAGCCGAAUCCCACGUCCACAGGCUUCUCCAGCCUGUGGUUUUUAAUGGGUCUCCGCCUCGCCUCGGCGGUCCAGACCCUAAUUCUCAUGGAGCGGAUUCCUCCUGAUCAGAGGAAAUCCGCCAUUGCCAGAGGCGCUAACCCGGAAGUCUCCAGGCCCUUUGUUUCAACCUGGGAUCACCAAGAUGUAAAUAGUGUGUUGUUUCACUGUGCUAGAGCCCCUUCCCUUUUGCAACCUGUAUUGUCCUGGCAUAUGUGGAUGGGCUCAAAGCAAUACAGGAUCCUGCCCUUGCUGGAAGCCCACAGAAACCCCCUUGUGGACACCCACAGAGAUGAAACGAACUGCUCGCCUCUUCUUUCCUUUGGCAAACGACUGUGGUGUUGAAGUGGCAACAAGAUCACACUGGCGUAUUUAUUCUGAAUGUAUUCUGAAUGUAUUCUGAAUGUUCCUAUGUGAUGCCAAUAAAGGUUACUUGACUUGAAUUAGGAAAAAUAGGAAGUCUUAUACUGAGUUAGAUCAUUGGGUCCAUCAAACUCCAUAUUGCCUACACAGACUGCCAAUGCUGUCCAGGGUUUCAGACAGAGUUCCCUCCCAGACCCACCUGGAGACACCAGGGAUUGAACCUGGGACAUUCUGCAUGCAAAGCAGAUGUUCUACUGUGGAGCGUCAGCAAUUCUGCUAUGGCAGAGAGGAUAGGGAUCUUGUCUGUGGAGCUGGCAGUGCAACUUUGAGUCCUUGGAUCUUGGAUCUUGCUUCUGACAGAACUGUCACUUGCCAGGUGUUUAAAAGACGAGUAAGCCUUUGUUGCUCCCAUUCCCCUGGUGGGUUGUGAGCUCACUCCACCUGCUUCCAAAACCCAUGCCUUCUGCAGCAAGCUAAUGGACGUGGCUCCUUUGGAAACACAGCUGUGAGCUCCCUUAUUGCCUGUCCUGGUUCGUCCAUUUCCUGCCUAGCGAAUGGUUUUGUCUCCCUCGUUGUGAAUUCUUGAGCCCUUGCCUAGAGCAGAACUGGUCCUCUCUAUGAGGCUACCUUGAAGUGAGCUCUGUAGGCCAUGUGUUAUACUCCUUUUCCUCCCUUCCCUUUGUGUGUUGAGGGGAUUGGAACUCCUGUAUGCAGGGAUGCCUGGGGAACUCGGGUGCUAGUGUAGGGUGCUGUUGGUAUCAUUGUGCCUGGAGUGUGGGUGGGGUUAGCUGACAUAGUAGGGAUAUCUUCAUGGGCAGAUUGGCUCUUCUCAUAACAGGCUGACACGGAGGAAUUAUAUUAUCUCUGUAACAUGUCCAUAUCACUGUCAUGUUGUCUCCCUCUUGGUAUGCCCCCACACACCCAGGUCUGUAAAGCAAGUGGCCUCACGGCUUUGGAACUGCCUCUCAGCAGAUCUGCAGUGGGGGCCAUCCUAACCAAUCCUUAGGUAUGCUUCUGUUGGUGAUUUGUAGUAGUGAGGGUUGUUUUUGUUGUUGUUUUAUUUUUUUAAAAAUUGUAGGUUUUCUUAAUGCAAGCUGCUUUGAAUGGGCUUUGCCUAGAGAAGGAAUAUUUUUAAAAAAAUAAAUAAAAUCUUUAAUGACAUCUUUGCAGCAACAUCUCACCGGCAGAUGAUUACUGAAUACCGACAGUCUUAGCAUGAAUGUUGUAGAUGUAGCCAUUGUUUUUGAUCCAUUUUGUGGUUCUCAGAGCAGUCUGCUUUGCUCUUCUUCUUUUCUGAUAGGAAAUAGGACAGGAUGCUGUGACAACCUUGAAUCACAGUGCAUUUGUGGAACUUGGGUAUAAGAUUGUUUUGAUAACUUUUCAGUAAUCAAACACCAAUUCUAAUACCUUUCUAGGGAUGUAAGGAAGCAACAAUUUCCCUCCCAACCUCUGUUUCUCACAAUCAGUGCUGUUUAGGUUCCUCUAAGGUUUGGAUUCCACUAAAACUUACUUUAUUCAUCUCACUUUCUGCUCUGGCUGAAACUAACGUAAUUAAUUAUGUAAUUAAUUGUGCUAUUAAUUCCAAUAUACCUCAAUGGGAGGGAAAUGUUAAAGACCAUGCAGAAAAUAUUGUAAUUGUCUCAUGUUCGUAGACUUAAAAACAAGCAAACCACUGAUAGCUAAAACUGCUCGUAUUCACUUCCGUGAUUUCCAUUCCUGACCUCAGACAAACAUGCAAAUUGUGGCAAUUUCUACUCCCAUUUCUGCUUCUAAUCAAAUUUGCUUACAUUCCUGCACUUAUCUCUCCUUUUUUGCCACCAUGAGAAAUUGGAAUAUUUAUCACAUAUUGCUCUAAACUCAGUAAUAUGUAAAAAAUAAAAUAAAAUAAAUCCAAUAGAUUGGGUUAAUGUGAGCAAUUGAGUGCCUUGAUAAUACAGUAAAAUACUCAGCUCAGCUGGGUCUUUCUUUCUCUUUUCUCUCUCCCUCUCCCUCGCUUGUCUCCAUUUUCAUUGGAUUUCUGCAAUUUUCCCUUGAUACUGUCAAUUUUCAGAGCCUGCAUUUAAAUCUUAUGAGUUAAUAUUACAAAGUGUUAAGAAAGAUUGAAGGGCAGCAGUAACAAUAUCAUUUUAAAUGUCACUGUAAAUUAUUUUUCUCCUUUUUGUGGGGGAACGUGCUUCUUGCAUGUUUCUUUUCAUUUCUUCCCCAGGUAUGCAAUGUCUCCUUGCUUCACAUGUUUCCAUACCCACAUGCCUCCACAUUUCUAGCCAAAGACUAAGGAAUACCUGCCCUAAAUGGCCUCGGCUAAGGCUACCAUACUUCUCCCAUGUGCAGUCCCCAGUGUCAAAGCUGGAGUCAGAUACAGGUCAGCAAUAAAGCAAGCAGAUCUCCACUGACAGAGACGUUAACUCUUUGUUCAAUGAAACAAACAUACAACUCAGCCUAGUGGUCUCAGCAACCCUUCCCAGUAGGUCUUGCCCCUAUAUGGAGCAGUUGCCAGGACUGAAGGUCCCUGCUUUCCAUACCUCUCUAAGACCCCUCCUCUCUCUGAUGUUUCCCAAACAGUCUCAAACUGCACCUUCACACUUCUGACUUCUGCUCUGCUUUUAUCAUUACUCUGCAAAUUCUUGGAGACUGGGGGUGUGGGGAGCUCGUCGCAGCAGGAGAAGGAGACUCCCUGGAUUCUGCAGCCUUCAACCUUGGAGUCUGAACUGCUCCCUGUCACAGGUUCUUCCUGCUCAUUAAACCCUGUUGCCCUUCAGCAUUCAGCCCCUCCUCCCAGCUUUCUCCAUCUGACCUCUCCUCAGUGUCCCACCACCAAUCCCCUGGCUCUGAGUCUUCCUCCUCUGGGGUUUCCCUUGGGGGUUCCCCAGAUGGUGCCUCUCACCUCUCCCCUUCAUCCAACCAGUUCAUGCCAUCCAGCAUCCUUUGCAGUAUCAUGCCCCAGCAUCUGCCACCUAAAGCAGCUGCUUGACUCAACCUAAUGAUAGGGCUGGCCCUAAACAUAAGCUGCUUUCAAGACCAUGUUGAGCAAAAAAGGGUGACCAUGGAAGUAGAUAAUGCCAAUAAAACAUAGGAAAAUAAAACUUUAGUGACCAAUGACCUAGCAAUUACUAACUAAUAAAGUUGCUAAUUACGUCAGCAACGUGGAUCCACUGAACAUGAUUCACAGAAGGUACAUCUGCAGCCAAGGCCGCAUAGCUAAAGGCUGUGCAGGUAAGUUGAUCUCCUUUUUUUGGAGCAACCCACUAUCAGUUUCUUUUAGCACUGGAAGUUCUCGAUUACCACACUGUCUUACAGGCGCAUGACAUGAAUGAAGCAGAGUAGCAAUGUGUUGGAUGACAGUAAUUGGGCAGAAAAAUGAUUUUCAGUGGGGACUCUUAUCUGCUGAGUGGCUGGAGUUCAAAACAGUUAAGCACUGCAUCUGCCCUGAUGGGUAACAUUAAACAGAGCUAUGGGUAAAUCAAAAUGUGGCACACGCCUCCGUCCAAAGAAGUUGCUCCCAUAAAAGACAUUAACGAUCUCUCAUUCUCAGGGAUCAGCAUGGCAAUAAGUCCCAAUACCAAACUCCUAUGGAGUGAAUUAUUAUAAGCUUUUUUUUUUCCUCCUUGCUACCUCUCAUAAGCCUUUAAAUUCAGGAACCUUUCAGCCUGACCUGUCCUGCAGAGGGAUUUUGUGCUCUGCUGAUAGAAUACAGGAGAAUAACAAUGAGCUCCUGUGAUGGAGACCCUCCCAUCCUGUAGGCCACGUGGGAUACUUACAACCCCACUGAUAGAUUCAACAAGAGGCAAAGGUCAUAUUAAUUACUCAACGUGGCUACCUGCUGCCUGUAGAUAUUCUUUCCAUAGGAAAAUCUGUUCCAUUUAAUUCUUUGUUAAAUGUGGGGUUUGGGGGUGGGCUUUUUUUUCUAGGCAAUGUCCACAUAAGCCUGGGUGAUUAGCUGAGAUGUUCAACUGACUGCAGGGCUAGAGGUUAUGAAUUAUUUAUACAAGUUGAGGGAAUAACAUCAAGCCCCACAUCUUCCAUUUCUGUUGAAGCCUCCUGUCAAAUGCAGAAAAGGUUAAUUAGUUGUCACGCGGGCAUUUUGGGAUCAGAGCUCUGCUCCCUCGCUUGGAAAUUUGCAGCAUCUACUGUGGCUCUUUGUUCCCCCUUCCCCAUUCCUUCCUCACCAUGGCAUAGCUGCAGGGAGAAUGACAAUGGGUAAAAUUAUUUUAGACCAUUACAGAUGAGUUUAAUCCCCUAACCAACAUUGAAGGGAGUGACUGAAGGGUAAUCUCCCUAAUGGUUCCAAUAAAAAUCCCCCCUGUAUUAUCAGAUAUAGUUUUGUAAGUCAAGAAACUCCGGGUGAUGCACAGGAUUCCCCCAAUUCCCCUAUUUUGUUCUUACAACAAUCCUGUGUCAUAGGGUGGGGUGAGGUAGGACUGACUCAAGUAAGCCCAGUGAGCAUCUGAACCCAUCUCCCUGGUCCUCCUAGUCUAACAUGCUGAACGCUGCAACAUGCAGAUGGGAACUGUGUGGUGAGGCUUUGAAAGCCCUUUGUGACUCUCAAACAGAGGGGCUGCACAGGAGAAAUGGGCAGGAUAGUAAAGGGCUUUCAAAGCCUCCCUGUGUUUCUCCUUUCCAUCCCCAAUGUUGGCGAUGGAAGGGAAUUGUGGGGGGCAGGAAGAAGAGGAGGAAGUCUCCCAUUUGUUACCUUGCCGCCACCCCCAUGACUGCUACCACCGCUAAAGGAGGCACACAAUAAAAUGCAGCCUUCUCAAAGCAAGUGCUUGGAAAUGCCAAAAGACAUGUUGACAGGUGGGUGGGACAACCCACCUAUCAGUCAUAUGAUAUCAUGUGUUCAACAGGUGGCUAGAUCCACCUUCCAGUCAAAUUUGGUCCAUGACGCUGAUCCCCACCCCUGCUUUAAACUGAGUCAGACCAUUUGAGGCUGAAUGUUCUGUUUCAUUUGUUGCUAAUGUUUCUUGAUGUUAUGCUCAAAUAAUUAUAAAUAAGGCAACACACACGGAUCUGCUUUAUUAGAAUCCAAACAAUCUGUCAUUGUAAAUGUCAGUUGGGGUCACUACUCUUUGCGUUUAUAUGUGUAUCAACCCUGCUGCAGAAUUUACUGCAGCAGAAUGUACUUGUUUGACACACACAAGGCAUCAUGGGGCCAGUCAGUAUCUAUGUAGGAAGCUGCUUUAUUCCAGUGGUCAAUCAAACUGAGCAUUAUCUACACUGACUGGCAGUAGGUCUCCAGGAUUUCAAACAGAGUUCAUUCCCAGCCCCAUCUAGAGAUGCCAGGGAUUGAAUAUAUGACUUUCUGUGUGCAAAGCAGAUGCUCUACCACAGAGCUAUGGCCUUUCCCCAAGAAGCAACUCAAAUGCAGUUUGUGGGUUGCAUAUUGAAGAGCCAGCACCUAGAUACUUGUGGGAGAUUGCAUUCAAAUACAGCUAGGUAGUACAUGAAUGGGUUAGGACAAUAGAGCUGUGUCCCUAGACUCAACAUAGGUCAUGUCCUUUCUUCUCUGUUGAGGAAGGAAGUGAAACUUUCUUCUUCCUGUACCCUAAUUCUCUCUCCUCUCCAAGGAAGAGGAGUCUAAGGAAGCUGCAAGCUUAGAGCACGUCUUUGAAGCUAUCUUUCUUUAUUUUAUACCCAAGAGUAUUCUGCCUAUGUUCUCCUUGCUGCUGCUUGGAUAAAUGCACUAAUCUGACCUUUGGAGCAUUUUGUAAGUAAGGCAUUUUAAACUUACUUAACAGUGUGUGGUCUGCUCAUCGCAAAAGGUGUAAAAGAGAGAGGAGCACUGUUUGCAAGCAAACUAAUUGGGAUACAAGGGUCUAACAAGCUAUAUUCCUAAUGCUAUAUUGCUGCUUGACUUUUGUGUGUUUAAACUCUGCUACUUGGGCUUUCUCCCGCUAGAGAGUGUGUUUAGCUCCGCAUUUUGAAUCCAGGCACCCAGCCAAUUCUUUUGUUAUUUACCCCACACAUGUGGGUCAUGGGGAUUUACAUAUUUUCCCUCCCACAAUACUGACAUGUCAUCUGACACAGUGAUCAGAACAACCUGAUAACAUAUGUAACGAAGGAUUGUGUUGCUAGGAUGGAAAUGAGGUGCACAGUUUGAGUUGGCACUGAUGUCCCGAAGAAACUAUGGCACAGCUAAACAAUUCUCUGUCAUGUUGCCCUUUUCCCUCAUUUGGAUGCAGCACCAUGCCUCAGUCAGUUAGAUGGAAAGACAAUGUAGCCUGCUUUUGUUUUUUGCCUCAACACGGAGCUGUCACUGUAGUUUUAUCCUCUCCUCCACUGAGCAAGCUCGUUAUGUAUAACCCAGGCUGAAAAGUCCAUUAUAAGCAAAGAUUAAAAUACAUAAAAUAUACAAAAAAGGGAAAGAAAACAUAUGACAUUGUGCAUUUACAAUAUCCCUGUUAACAACAUCAAGCUAGCGUAUAAAGUAAUGCCUCUCGCUUGGCUGCAUUCCCGCAGUUCUGCAACAACAAUUGCAGCUUUAUGGGAUGGCAAUACAAGAGGUUGAAGAGGGCGAUUUAUGUUGGUGUGGAUGGAGCUCUUGCUUUGUGUACAGUUUACUUCUGGGAAUAAAUAGUGAUAUGACUCUGUUCCACAACCAGAUAUUUGGUGCUUUGAUUAAGUUCUGCAUUAAAGACACAUGAAGCCAUUGGUUCAGCUUGGAGCCUGGCUGCUGGAAGUUCAUUACAGCUAGCAUUGCUCUUUGCUUCUCUUUGUUAAUCCUCAAGAAAACAAGGCUGCAGGGGUUUUUGGGUUUGUUUGUUUUUUAAAAAAGCAAAUAAAUGAAUUGUGAGCCACUUCCCUGAAAAUAAAACAGUCUGUUCUUCCAUUUUGGUUAACAAAAAGAAAGCUGGUGUCGUGUAGCAACUAAGAGACAGAGCUACAAAUCAGGAAGUUCAGAUCUUGCCUCUUUCAAGAAUUCACACCAUUCUGAGUUGCUUGGCUUCCAUUUGUUGAAUUUGUUUUGAAACGGCAGGUAACAGUCCUCCCCCCAGAUCUCCAUCACCCAUUAUGGACAGGUAUUGCUAGAAGAAGAGGUGCUGGAACUCAUCAUAAAUGCCUCCAUUGUUCUGUUAUCAUGGCAAUGGCACACACCUGAGACUUGCUGGAACUGAGUUCCAGUGAAUUCCAGCUGGGGAAAAAGCUGUGGGCAUUAUACCUAAACACUUUCAGCCUUUAGAUUAAAAAUGUAUAAGUUACCUCUUUCAGUCUUCCAGAUUUCUGCUUCUAUAUUUUUCUCUUUUUCCUCUUUAGUUCACAGUCGAGUUUUGUUAUGUCUAUUUUGUUUGUUAUGCAUUUCUUAUUUGUCAGAGAAAAUUUCAAUAUAAAUUGUUUUGUUUUGUUUAAAGUCAUUUGGCCUCAGCCUUAGCCCCCCGCAUCUGCAGUAUGGGAUAGAAUAAUAGUACUGAUUACAGCUUGCAAGUUUGUGGUAAGGAUUACAAUUAGAUAUUGUAUGUGACAUGUUUGCAACAUUUGAAAGUGUCAUGCAAAUGCUAGGUAUUAUUAAGACAGCCACAGCAUACACCAUUUCAUUAUGUCCACCUUUCUAAUUUUUUCUUCAAGUUAAAAGCCCCCAUUGUUGUAACUGUUCUUCAUGGAGGAAUUGCUCCAGCCUAGUGAUUGUCCUUUCCUGCACCUUUUCCAGCUUUUGAGAUGCAGAGACCUUCACAGGAUACCUAGUGUGAUCUCACCAUAA